AUGUACAGCGGUAUGUACAGUAGCGUACAGCUGGGCAGCAAGUUUCAGCAUGCCUCGUCUCUGUGUGAGGAGCAGUAUGUUGGAUUUACAGCUAAAGUACGCGCUGUUGCUCAUGUAGGCUGAAGUGAUUGAAGACAAAAACGCACCCCAGCUACACAUGAAGCUAGUAUGUGUUAUUUUUCUCUGGCUAGAGUGGCUACGCUAAAAUAUCUAAGACCGAAAUUUCACCAUAAAUUCCCAAGCUAAUCAUAGAGAUAGUCACAUUUAAGACUCUUGGCUGGUGCUGGCACCAUCAGUGGGUGGUUUCUGACUCCCACUGGUGUAAAAGGUGGUCUGUUUUCUUCUGUUAUGCCAGUAUAAAAUUAGCUAACUCUGCAGGGCUAUUAUUAAGCUUUGCAUUAAAAAAAGGAAAACUUCGCUAAAAUUGCAUGUAUAUGCGACUUGCUAGUCAUGGUAUUGUUACCGUUUGUCACCAUUCAGUGAAUUUCCCUCGAGCUGUUGUUGUGUGCGAAGACAGGGAAAUGUCAAUCAAAGGAAGGAGACGUCAGUCAAAAGAAGGGGAAAGUCAGUCAAAGAAAAGAGACGGCAAUCAACUUGUGAAAGCUCUGCCUACACAACAUCGAUGAAUGCUCCAAAGAGCCAAAUGACCUGAUUAUUUCACUUGGUUUCUGAGAGUUAUGAAUGUUUGAUUUUUGUGCAUUUUGACCAGUUCUUUCAAUAGUUGAAAUUUCCAUAAGAUUAAAGAGAGAGCCGAGAAAACACCUCUAAGGGGGUGUCUAACUCGGUGAUACGGUGUGUUUGACCCUAAAUUAAUUUUACGCCGGAAUAUCCCUUUAAACACUUUAAAUUUUACCAAAAGGGUUGACUUAAUUAGUUUAUCUUUAUUCUUCAUCUAUGUUGCUUGCGCGCUCUCUCUGGGCUCUCCUGUGUGUAACUGCAGGCGGAGGGGAGGUCACAGUAGGAGUGUUUGAGUGGGGACAGCAGGGCUGUACAUCUCCAGCCUGUCAGGUAUUGACAGCAAAGCUCACUAUGGAAUGCCAACAGGCAGGCAGGGUGUGGCUACGCUGUGUUAGCAGCUUUGACCCUGUGGCCUUGGUUAUAUAACUGAUUGUCAGUCUUUUGUAGGAGAGAGAAAGAGUGAUAACAGCGUUUCAUGUCGGAGCCGAAGUGACGUAAGACAAGAACGCGAAUCAUCUGCAGCUAGUGUGUUACUUGUACUUCCAGUGUUUUUUUUUGCAUGUUUUGCAGCUUGAAAUGAACUUCUAUUGAAUGUUGCUCUUUUUUAAGAUCACCAUCUGUGUAGCAUGCAAACCCGCAUACACACACACACACACACACACACACACACACACUCGUAUGUGCAGACAUUACUGGCAGUCAAGGUUAAACAAAGAUAACUAGGCUGUAUUUGGGUUAAGGGCAGUGCAGCAAGUUGGAAGAGAGCCAUAAGUUCGCACACACACACACACACACACACACACACACACAUACACACGCACGCACAUACACACAUAGUACACACACCUGUCAGUGUUGGCGUCUGCCCAGUCCUCUUUCUCUUACUCUCUGUGUUCCUUUGUCCUCUCUGUCGUGGUCAUCGGACUUUGAAGCAGGAUCUCCAGGGACAGCUGGUGGGCCAGUGUGAGCACCUGCACCUCGUUCAUGUGUGUGUGUGUGUGUGUGUGGCUCAGUUUCUCUGCACCUUUUUGUGUAUGGUUAUGUGUGCAGUGUAUCAGUGGGGUGGGGAUGGGAUACCUGCAGUGCCCUGGCUAGAUGUGAGUGCGUGCGUGUGUGAUGCGUUUCAUGCGUGCAUGUGAGCACCUGCGCUGCCAGCGGGAAGCUGCCACAGCCGCGGCGCUUCAUGACGUAUGCUGGUGGAUUCCUGAGGUCGUGCUGUGAACCCCAUAAUAACUGUUAUCUUCUUAAAGUCAGCUCACCCCGGUGUUCAGAGGAGGAAAUGAAACCAGAGAGAAAGGACAGGGAUGAAUCUUUAUCACCCACUGGAUGGAGAGGUUGAAAAUGUCUGAUACUGUUGGAUUUUUUAAGAGUUAUUUGUAGGAGAGAGUGGGGUAAGUUGAGCCAAAGGGUUAAGUUGAGCCACCCCCUGUUGCUUGGAAAUGGUAAAAAAAAUUGAUCAUGUGACCAAAUAUUUAGGAGAUGGACAUCAAUUCAUGGAGUCUGUGACGGUUAGAGGCACAUGGGUGAAGGAGUUAGACGUUUAUAUAUAAAAAAAAAAACAAAACAUUUUUCACUCUUGAAAUAUGAAAAAGCUCAUCUUACCCCACUCUCCCCUACCUAUGCCAGCAUGUGAAAUCCCCGUAGAGGAGAAACCAGCACUUUUUUUAAAACAACUAACUUGGAAGCCCCUGCCUUCAGGUCCUCUGAUGAGAAAUUAGCAUUUUCUCCUUCAAAGUUAAUCUUUCUACCAUUAGCUUUGUGUUUGACCCACUUUUCACUAAUCACCACUAAUCACCUAUCUCCCCAUCGUGAUCCAAAUGCAUGUUCAUGGUUUUGCUUUGGUUUUACAUCGCUCUCACUUUUCUGUGCGAUACCGCUGUCAGUUUACCGCCUCAGCUGCAGGAUCUUACCCAACGAACACUAACUUUGAUUUACACAAGCAAUUAAGCCAUCAGAAGGAAACUGCUCUCUCGCCGCAGCUGAAAGCCUGACAGACAAGUAAAAGAGCACAGGUUGACUUGUCGUCAGCGCACUCUGACAGGAGCGAGACUGUGGGGGCGAAUGAGACUAAAAGUUUGUGUCAAGGAGUAGAAUAAGGUUUUACUGCAGCAGCUUGUGGGAGCUCGCUUUAAUACUAUGGAAGAACGUCUAAUCCAGCCAUCCUAAGUGUCGUCUGCUUCACUGUCAGAUUACUGAGGAGAGUAGGGCAUGCUGGAUUACUGUUUACUAUCACUUUACACUUGAGGAGCUUGUUUCUGAUUGGUCGGUUGGCUAACUUUGUUUCUCGCCUUUGCCUGAUUUGCUUUGGAUUUCAUUUUAAAAACCUUAAAUAUUAGUAUUUUCUAGAGCUCUCUUUCUUUUAUCUCCACUGAAAGAUCAAAAGCAGUGGAUGAUUACUAUGCAUGAGAAGGCUGCAUAUGUCUUUUAAUUGUUAAAAAAAGUUUAAGUUGAAAGUUUGGUGUGUGUAUACCCAUGUGUGCUCAUUCCCUGCGGGCCCCCCUCUCAGCGUAUUCUUCAGGGGCUGAUCAAAGCUAGGCCCCCCCCCUGUGACUUUUGCAUCUCGAGGCCCUCAGUGCUAACUCUGCUCUGACUGAGGAGUGCUGAGUAACCCCCUUGGGUGCUCUGAUGCUCACUGUUGGUGUGCUCUUUAAAAACGUGUGUUUGCAGGUAAAUCCUGCAAAAAAAACGAAGAAAUGGCGGAGUGACAUCUUUGUCUGUUUCACUUUUACCCGAGUGCAGCACACACACACACACACACACACGGAGCGGAGUCUGUUUUAUGCUCUGUAUUUUACUCUCUCUUGCUCAUAUGCCUGUCACGUGUCAUUGGGAUGUUAUGUUGUGUUUUGAUGUGUUGCCCUGGAGAAUACCAGUUCCAAAGAGAAGGGUAAUGACAAAGAACAGAGGAAAAAAUAGGGGGAGAAGAAAUGAGCAAAGACAGAUGCUUUUUUUAUUAUUUAAAACAUGCUUCACCUUCAUGAAAUUCCCUGUUUUAACAGCUCAAUCUACUAUAUCUAUAUCUCAAUGUGUUUUUUCAUAUCAGUCGAUAUCGAUACAUAUCACGAUACCAAAAAUGACAUUCAACAGUACUUAUUGGUAGCAUGUCUUUUGCAAAACAACAAGCUACUGCAUCCCUGAGGUUUUUGUGUCUCUUUGACGUUUUGUCGUUGUCGUAAGGUGUUGCACCAGAAAAAGCGGACUGUGGUCGGCUGUUUCAGUUGCACAGGCGCCAUGGGAUCCUUGCACUCAUUUUCUCCUUUUCUCACCGAUAGUGCUGUUGGCUUUACGUGUUAAAGUGCUAUGGUUGCGUGUAGCUGCAGCCUGCUACUAUGCAGUUCUUUGAUACUUGGUUCUAAUUCAGCACAUGAUCGGUUCAGUGCGAAGCGGACCCGGGUCAAACCCCCCUUUUCAUUCGCUAUUCAUAUAGUCUACUAAAACAUGUCAGAAUGCAGACUAUUGAAAAGGAUAUUGACCGUGUUUUAUGUUGAUAUUAAAGGAAAUUAAUUUUCACUAUAUAUCAUUAUCGUUUUAUCGCCCAGCCCUAGUGGGACCGGAUAGUGAACCCUGACAGUAUUUCCCUCAGACAACAGGUUCCCUGUGGUGUCUCAGCGCAGAGUUUUAUCUUCAUUUAUCGCUCCAUGUUAUCUCUUUUGUGUACACAGUGUCAGAGUGUCACUGUCUAUUUUAGCUGCUCCACUAUCUGUGCUAUCUAGGUUGCCUGGCAUGCGGCUGCAUUGUGCAUACAGUAUGAAUGGAAGCGGAGACGUGUGUAUGUGUGUGUGUGUUCACCAGCAGGAAAAAGCGUGAUCACCAAGUACACAGAGGCACAUUUAGGCAGCUUUUAAGAGGACUGAACAUUGACCUGCAGUGAUAGUGCUGAGGGGUUAGUGAGUGAGUUAUAUAACCAGGAGGUAUUCAUGUUUCUCUUUGAGGCUCAUUGUAUGUGUCCGUCUCCUGUGGUUCCUUUCACUCUCUUUGCUUUUCUAAUUUUUUUAUUUACUGAGUUUGAAAAUUGGCAAACUAAAUCGCUUAAAUGUAAUUUGAUUUCAGCAACAAUACAGCCAAAGACAGUUUUUUCACAACAGAAGCAGCAACAACGAUCAAAGCAGGAUAAAGAUGUACAGACAUUGACAAUUGUUCAUAGUUCAAACAUUUGAUUUCAGGUAAAACUGAAGUAAGGCCACAAAAAAAAAAGAAAAAAAACUAAUUUUGGAAAAAAAAAUCAUAAAGUAAGAAAAAUAAAGUCAUACAUUUGCAAGAAUAAGCAAAACAACCAGUUAGCUUACCAAAACACUGAAAUUAUAUAUUUACUACAACUUAAUCUUGAGACUUAACAACUUUACUACCCUAAAUUUCUGACUUUAUUUAUUCUAAUGCUUCUAGGACUUUUUUUCCACAAUUUUAUUUUUGUAAAAUCACCAUUUUAUUCUCCUAAAGUUAUGACUGUAUUCUCAUAGUAGUAGGACCUUGUCAGUUUACAUUGUGUCUCUCCCACGGUCUUAUCCUUAAGGACCCUUAUCCUUGUAUGACACUUUAAUGCCUGAAACCACAAAUUAUGGCCAGAAAAUACACAUUUUUUUUGGAGCUGAAAUGUUUAUUUCACUUACUACUGAAAACCAAAAAAAAUAAAAAUGUCCUUCAAAUUUAACAAAUAUAUUUAUCUCGUUUGAUACAUUAGAUGUUUUUGAAACCUGAUAAACCACAAGAGGACAUUUUUAUCAUUUAGCAGACUGUAUUCAGGUGUUUUUUUUAGUAAUUUGUUGCUCAUAUUGGUUUGAUAGAAGUAUAUAAAAGUGUGUAUCAAAUAUGAUACAAAAGGCAUUAAAGGGAUAAAUUAAUGGAGUUCGUUUCUAUUUUUAAACUUAGAGUACUUCUACACUUUGAACCAUUUGAGACACAAAAAUUUAAUGAUUCGUGCAAAAACAUGCUGUUUUCUGCUACAUUUCUUUGAAUUAUACAUAAAUGUUUAUAAGUUUAGCAAAUAAUUUUAUUCUUCUAUUUUAUUAGGUAACAAAUCAUCAUAAUCAGCCCACAAAUAGACCCUAAAAAUUCAUGAUGGCUAAGGGCUGAAUAGCUAAACAGUCUGUUGUUGUCCAGGUAGUCGCUGGUCGUGAUGUGUACAGACUGUGAACCGGCGCCUGCGGUACAAUCCAAGAACUUUUCAGCAGUUUUUCUCAGUGCCUGGAUGCCAACAGUGAUGAUGACGCAUUUUAAACGAGGAAAAACAGCUUGUUUGUUGGAGUGUGUCAUUUGCAGAAUCGCCGGAGUUUCAGAGGAAUUCCCUCAGAGGCCAGCCGCCUUCUGGUGCUUUUUCGUCCGAUCCUUUUAAUUUGACUGUUUAUUAAUUUUUUCUUCAUCUGCGUUCAAAGAUACAAAUAAAGAACAAAGGCAGCAUAAGGGAGGACAAGUUUGGAGAGCCAAGCAGGCCCACGAGGGAGCGUGGAGUGGCCUCAUCGAUUCCCAAGAAGAAUUUUAUCAUUUAAUUAGAUAAAAAGAGGAAAACAAAUAUGUGUCUGUGGAAAAAGCUUACUUGACAUGAAUGUGACAGACAGAACAUAGCUGUAGAGUAACACCAAUACAAUAACAUGCUUAAAAUAGAGUCAAGUUUCUUGUGUUCCUCCCUUGCUAGUAGCAGUGUGGAUUCUGUGUCAAUGGUAACAGGAGCAUUAGCCAGACAAGCUAGGUCAGAGUGUAAUCCUGCAAGAGACACUCUGCUUCUCAUUACACACACUCGCAUGUGCGUGCACACACAGCACCUAUGGCUCUAUCCUUUUUGUAGACAGCUGUGCUACCGUCAAUGAGUGUGUGAGCGUGUGUAAUGUGUGCGUGUGUGACAGAGGGACAGCAGGCGGGGGACCAAUAGUAGAGCGCACUGAAAGGGGGCAGGGCCCUGCUUCAUAGGUGCACACACACACGCACACACACAUUUAAGCUGCCACUGCUAUGGAGUGUGUUGUUAUUUGACAGACGGAGAAGUGAAUCCAAAGUUGCUGAACAUGUGUGUGUAUUUGUGUGCAUUUACAAACCUGUGUGUAAAAAAGUUCACAGCAUAUCGACUCAUUUUUUUCCUGUAAAAUACUGAAGAUUGACGAGGUGAACCCAGGUGAAGCUCUGUCCUACGAUAGAUGUAUUGAUUUACGGGAGGAUUUCACCUUUAAAACGGCUCAAAUACACUUAAAGGGAGGACGAGCACGCUUUAUUUGGUAUUGAUUGACAUUUUCUUUUACAGCUUACCGCAUAUCUUUCUCUAAAUGUACUUUCCAUGUUUAAGUUGAGCAUCAUCGGAUAAAUAAUCCUGUUUUAUAAACGUCUGCUCCAUUUGUUUCUCUCACUUUCCACACAUUAGCAGACUUUUAAAUGUACUCUCUGUUCCUUUAUGCAUUAGUCCGGCGGCUCAAUCGUAGAAGUCAUGAGUAUUCAAGGACUGAUGAACAGAUCAUACUGUUCCAUAAGCUCACCCUGUCUCUUAUUAACACACACACAGUUCACCAUAUGCAUUUUCAUCCCCUCUGCUGCAAACAUUUCCCAGCCCUUUUUUACAUGCUCUUUGCUCCUGUGGGAAAAAAAUACAGUUUGAAAAUAAUGGUGGUUUGGAGACAGGCGUGUUUGCUAUGCUAAUGAAGCUAUAAAUCUAUGCUAAUAGCACAGACAGAAAGUACAGAUCAAUAUUUUAAGCUGAAGUGUAAACAGGAGAACCUUAAUACCUUUUUUUGGCAUUGACAGAAAGUUUUCAAAAGUAUGAAUAACGUCCAACUGUUAAAGCUCCUGUAAGGUGUUUUUGAUUGAAUGAUAGACAAAUUUCCCUGUAAAAAGAACAAUGGUCGAAGAUUUUUGUAGAUUUUCACCCCUUUCAUUUAGACAAGACAAAAUUAGCAACACUAAAAGUGUUACCACUUUGUCCACAGGGGGGCACCAAAAUCAACACAGAAAGAAAAUUUCUUACAGGAGCUUUAAACUGAGAACAAAUUGUGUGAAUUUUUGCUUUAGAUGUCUCAUUGUGUACUUUCUGAUUAAACUUUUUGUUAGUAUCAAUAAAAAUGAUUGAAUCUGUGUAUUUUUACCCCUUUUAUUUGGACAAGACAAAAUCAGCAACACUAGAGGUAUUACCAUUUUGUCCGCAGGGGGGCACCAAAAUCAACACAGAAAGAAAGUUCCUUCCAGGAGCUUUAAACUUUGAAUAAAUUGUGUGAAUUUUUGCUUUAGAUGUCUGUUACUUUUUAAAAUAUUGUGUACACUAUUGGUUUGCAUCAAUAAAAUAAUUGAGUCUGUGAAUUUUAGUCAACUGUGUGUCUUACAAAAGUCUGUCUCGUCACCUGUUGCUUCACCUGACCUCUCUCCUCCUCUUGUCUCUCUAUUUCUAUGUGGGUGUCAGAGUUGCAGCUAAAGGGUUGGACACAGUGUGGUAAAAGUAGAAGGAGUAUUUGAUUUUAAGGGAGAAAAUAUAUUCAAAGAUCAAAAUAAUCUAUGUUAUAGAUCAUAAAAAUACAAUAAUCCAGACUGAAUUUGUGGGGCCACCUGCUGUGUGAAGCUUUGAUAUAAAUGUUUGCAUGUUUGACUUGGAAUGUUCAUGGCUGUGUUCGUUAGCGACUUUCUUUGGCUUUGGCUUUGUAACUGUUUGUGAACGGUACUAAAUACUGUGUUUAUGUAUUUAUAUGCCUGUGUUUUACAGGUUUAACGUUCCUGUGUACUCCUGUUUGUGCGCGUCUCGGUGUGUUUGUGUGUUAGUCGAGUCUUUAUGAGCUCAGUACAAACAAGAAAAAAGGAUCUUUUGGUAACAGUUUCUCUCCCUGAGGCCUUGUUGUCACAUGAACAACUGACCUGAUUUUAAUUUUUUUUUUUUGUUGUUGUUGUUGCCACAGCGAUGCCUUGUUUCAGGGUUCAACUUAAUGCUCUCUUCCGCCUCACGACCUUGGGACAUGUCUUUAUCACCAUAGUAACAGCCUCUGGGGUUACUGUAAAUGAGGAAAGCACCAUCCUUUUUUUCUCUGUGCUUAUGCAUCAAAUUAGGUGCUUAACUACAGUCUUUUCACCCACUGAUACUCAACAUCAUGGCCGUGAAGUCAGAUACACAGCUAGGUGGUAUUUAUAUAGUAGAUGUCUCCUCAAGGCAGCUGUGCAGUGUCACAGUAGAGGUUUGGGAUUAAAGUGCGACUUGAUGUAGGAGUUGUAGACAAGGUUUUAUCAGUGCCAGUGUUUCCUUAAAUGAUGUGUGCAAAGUUUACACAGUGAAUGUUAUAUCAGCGCAUUAAUAAACUAAAUUACAGUAUACUAAAUCAAAGACUAUGGGCCUGUACAGGACUGAAUUAAAAAGCCACAUUGCACUAUUCAUAGGAAAAAUGCUUCACCUUUAUGGCACAUUCAGGCAUGAAUGAAUAAGAAAACAUACAUUCAAGUAAAAUACUGUAUAGAGCAUGGUAAAUACUGCACAUUGUACAGAUUAUUAAUGACCAGUAUAUUACACAGCAUGGUCAUGUGGUAGAUUAAAGAGUAAACAAUAUAGAUUUCACAGUAAAUAAUGAGUAGAUAAUGCAUGAAGCCCAGUGGAUGAUGCAUAUGGCACAGAAGAUAAUGUGUGUAAGCAAAAUUGUAUGUUGUAGAUGGAAUAAUGUAUGCUGCCUGAUGGAUAAUGUAAAUUGCGCAGUUAAUAAAUGAUGUGCACUGCAGGGAGAAUUUUGUAUAUUGAACAAUAAAAACUGUUUAUUGCAUGGUAGAUGAUGUAAACUGCAUCAUAAACACUAUAUAUGACACAGUGGACAAUAAAACAGCAUUGCUAAGUAAAUUCUGCACAUCAUGGCAGACAAUGUACUUGUAUUGUACAGUAAAUAAUGUAUGUUGUACAGUAGAUAAUGCAUGUUUCAUUGUAGACAAGGUAUAUUGCACGGUUGAUAAAUAAUGCACAGUAUAUUGCAUGGAGGAUAAUGUACUGCACAGUAAAUAGUGGAAAUUGCAUGGUAGAGAAUGCAUUUAACACAGUUUAUAUACUAUAUAUUACACAGCAAACUGUAAAAGUGAGUAAAUAAAUGAUAAGUAUGUUGCAGGAUUGACAAUGUGUAUUAUGUACAGUCAUUAAAAUUGUAGCUUGUAGGGUAAAUGGUGCAGAAGCAGAACAGGAACAGGAGAAGGUGAAAGUGCAGUUGUCAGUUUAUGAACCUGUGCAGGGAGGAUAGGGGGGUUAGUGCAGUUAUUGGUUUGUGGAAACAACAUCUUUUAAGAUGGGCUUUUUGCGCCCGCAAGAGGGCAAAGGGUCAAACAGAUGACUCUAGAUUGUAUGUGUGUUCAAAGAAAAGUGCUUUUAACAUAAUUUGGUUGUCAAGUUUCAGCUUAAUCUCUGUCAGGCCUUGUAUGAACAAUAACAGAUUCCCACUUAAUUUUCUGUCAUUGCCCACUGAUACUUCAUGAUAUUAUCUCUCAGCUUAGCAGAAGCAUUCGGUCAAGGUCAAAAACUGUUUAAGCCAACACAUGAAAGAGAUCCAAAUGCCUCAAAUGACUACGUUUGAAAAAAAAAAAAAAAAUGGAGGACACACGCCUUAAACCAGUGUCUCAUGCGGGUAAACAAAGCGUGGUUGCCAUGCUGAUUGGGCGUUUGAGUAUAAAUAGCACGUCUGUUUGUUCUGAGUCCUCCUGGGAGAGACAGACACGGGGAAAGGCAGGGAGACAGUGUGUAAAAUCAGCUGCACAUUGUUUGGUGUAUAACUGCCGUCAAGUUUGAACAUGGGGUUGGACCAUUUUGUCUGUGACUCUGUUUAAUAAGAUUACAGUAGCGAUCAAUAUGAAUUCAAAGUCAACAGGCCGUCUGUGUUAAUAUUGACAUGUAUUCAUCUUGACUUUCUGAGAGGACGCUGUUGUUGUGAAGCCAUAGCAGCAAAUCAAGGCAGUGUAACAGCAAACUAAUGUUGCUUUAGCGUCUUAUUGUCGGAUUUCUGAUAAGAUAGUUUCUGUUUUCUUCUUUUCUUCUUCAUUUCCAUCAUUUUUUUUGAAAGUUGCACUUGGCAUAAGGUUAUACACAGUUUAUAUUUAAGUUAUUAUGCAGCGAUAAUUAAAAGAGGAAAAGCAGAAAUCACACCAGAAAAGAUAAUAAUACCUGAAUUCCUAAGUAGAGUAAUAAUUAUGCUAACACUCUCGGUCUUUUUCUCUGUGCGUCUCUUAAGGGAAUGGUGACAUCACCUGCAGACAGACAGACGAGGACAAACGGCGCAGACACCUGGAACGCUUCCCUCCCAUUGGCGGAGAGAUCCAGACUUCACACCAGAAACUGCAGCACCAGGCGGUUAUCAGCUCUCAACUGAGCGGCAGGCUCCACCUACUCCAUCUACAAGUAGCUCUGCCUCCUCUGCUCAGGUAGGACUUGACUGGACACCCGAAAAGCUAUUGUUCCUCGUUGGGUGUGAUGCUCCGUUUUGUGACGUGUGCUGCUGCUGAGUUUUUUCUUGUCUAUGUAAUAGUUUAAAAAUAGCAUCAGAAGGACUUGCGUCUACACGUGUGUUUGAGUUUGAGUUUCUGCAACCUCAAGGAUCAACUUUUACAGCCGUGUCUUAUCUUCCUUUCAUUUCAUUCCUGUGAUUUUUUGCCUUAUUAUAUUUCCAGUUUUCUAAAUCUUUGACCCUCCCACUGAUGCCUCUCGACUUAGUUGUGCUCUCCCCCUCCUUCUCUUCUCCUUUCUGUAUCCUCACCCUCCGCUGUAUCUACUGAGGAUGGACCGUCAGUCCUUUAUCUCUGUCUCCACAGCUGUGUGUCCAAGCUCCUCUCUGUCCUAUGAGGGAGGGCAGAAUGAAAAGAAAGGCUUACUGAGAGGAACAGGGAGGAGGCCAAUCCCUCUUCCCCCUUCUCCUCCUCCUCCUCCUCCUCUCUGCUGAAAUGGGGAUGUCAUUUUAUGGUAGAUAUAUCACAAAACAUGGAGUUAUAGAGAAAGAGAUGAGACACAAACUCAACCAAAGCAAAGUCUGGGACGUUGCUUUCAAUAUCAGUAAAAGUACGGACAUCCAGAAGAUUUAAUUGGUCCCAAAAAUUCACGAAAUCCAAAGAGAGGAGUCUUCUGAGUCUCAUCGCCGUUGCAUCGUACCUGCUUUUGAUUUAAUAGUUUACCAGCCUUUAGCGAUAUACAGUUUAACUCCCUCACAAACAGCAUCAUUAGGUUUUGCUGUGAGGUACUUUAGAGUGCUCGGGGACUUGUUUUGUAACUUUACAAAUGUGUUUUGAAGUACAGACUAAUUAGUUUAUUAAAUUAAGGUUGUAGCGAUUCAGAGAGGAGUACAGAGGAUGGGUGUAAACAAGAAAAGAGACAAAAUUAAAGGAAAUGUAAGGUUUAGAUGAAAGAAAAGCAGCAAAGGUGCAUAAUUAUAUUAAAAUACUGAUUAAAAAAACAGCCUUUCAAGUCCUUUCUUUCUUCUCUCACUCUAUCUCUCCUCCUUGUGUCCUCUUUUCUUCACCUGUCAUUCUUUUUUAAAAGAAUAUUACACAUCUCUCUCCCUCCUCCUUCCUGCUUCCUCUCUCUCUCUUUUGUAAAAAUCCGCUGCUGACAGUCGCCUUUUUUCUGUUAGCCGAAAGUGCCAGGAACGAGCAGAUGGAGGGCUGACAGUCUGGGAGCUCAAACAAUGACGCUGGGCGGCAAGUCGUGGUGAUCAACACAUGUCAGAAAAUGGCUGAUAAUGGGGGAAACACAUACGGGCUGUCAGUCAGAUUCGAAGGAGGGUGGGUCCAUUUCUGUCUGGAGUCAGAACCGCCUCAACUGAGAUAGAUGUUCAUGUUGGCACACGCCGUAUGUUGUCUCCUGUAUGUCACACGGUGAGCUCACAAGGAGAAUAAGCUAAUAGAACCCGACAGCCGAACCAUGAAUCAUGAAUAAAACACUUCUUAUGUUUGUUAAUUAUUGAGGUGGAGUGAGCAGGGCUGCGGCUUUCUCGAUGUGUGGGAAAAAUCACUUUCUCCCGUAUCAAUCAUGUAAAAAUAAACUUCACUGACAAGGAUAGCAUGUGAUGGUACCUGUCACUCACUGGUAUCUGAACACAAGUUUUAGAGGCCAGUGACAGCAGUCGCCAUAUUAGAAAAGCUGACUCAACCAUUCUUUUGUUCAACGACCGUCCACCUGUUUGUCUUUCCGUCCUUUCUGUCCAGUUUCUUCUUUGGUCAUUUGGCUGCUGAUGUUCAUUUACAUCGUAAGUGCUCACAUGAGGAAUCGUAAAGUAUUUCAAUUAAAAUACCUAUAAUUGGCGUAGUAUUAUACGGAGCAAUUUGAAUUAAGCAUUGAUUGGUUUAUGCUGCGAAAGCAAAAUCGGAGACAUAAACAAGAUGGCUACAUCUACGAACGUUAUUUUAGCGCUUGUCUUGUCCUUAUUAUAUUCGGACAAGGCAAGCGCUAAAAUAAGUUUGGUAGAUCCAGCCAUCUUGUUUCCGCCUCUGAUUUGGCUUUUUUUCUGACUUGGUGACUAAAAAGUUAGGAACUUGGGUGUGACGUCAUUUUCAGCUUCGACUUCUGACUUCCGAGGUAACUUGAACGCAGCAUUAUUGUUGCUAGCGCAUACUCCGGGCCUGGGCUGCCUUACAUGAAUGCACUUCUAGUUUAGACAUUCCAGUCAGGCAGUCUUGUAGACUGCUCAGGGGUCCUGUUACGGGGCUGAUCAGGUAGUGACACAGCAUACUGUAAUGCUCUGAAUAUCCACUGAGCGGAGCAGCUUUGUGGCUUACCAAAGUGGCACUUACACAUUUCGACAGAAUUUUGAGCGCAUUGUACCACAUAAAAUCGGUCAGUCAGUACAAGUAAUCAUACAAAAGGCGCGCUGGAUUUUAAGGCGGACUGUCAAUUUUUGAGAAAAUUUUGAAUUUUAAGUGCGCCUUAUCGUCAGAAAAAUGCGGUAUAUUUUAGCCACACCCUCAGUUUUUGUGCUCUGCUGCAAAGAGGGGCUAGCAAAACUUGCCUCUAAAAGAUGAUCUGAGUGUUCACUUUAAUUAAAAAUAAUCCACUAGCAGCCUUGCAUCUCCAAUGUCUGUAAUUUCUAAGAGAGUUUCCUUGAAAAAUAAUGUUAGUUUUUUUGCUAAUCACAGCAAGUACGGAGGACGUGCUAAGUUUCUUACCUUCCCAUUAGAUUUAUGCUGAUGAAUUUCUUCUUAAAGAAGUAUUUUAUGGUUGAUGAAGACUCAUUCUCCGAAAAAACAAAAGAUCCAGUGAACUGGCACUGUGCAGAUUUCACGGAGCUCAGGAACAAAUCAACUCUCUGUCUGCUGCUCCUUGACUCAAAGUGUCACAUUGAUCCGCUCAUUAGCUUCCUUACAUUGCUGCUGGGCAGUUACUUUAAACUCAUACCCCACCUGAGGCAACAUUUGCAAAAAUAGGCUCAGCUUUGAUUAAAUUAUUGCACAAGGCUGUGAUAUUUGAUAUGCUGAGAGAAAGGGUAAAUGUAUUGAUGUCUUGAAGGCAAAAUCUGACAGUUUCACAUUAACCUCAUACUUCCAGAGAUUGAUUUUUUCCUUUUUCAUGUGAGAGUAAAAUGACUCCCGCCCACUCUCCCAUGGUAAGACUCAAUGCAGCCUGCAGCAACAACUCUCACUAAUCUCAAAGAUGUCAAAUUACCAAUUAACCCAGCAAUGCUCUUUAUAAUACACUUCACAUCAGCCUUUAGAUGUCCAGCAAUGCCAGGGGGCAUCAGCGCAGAUGCUCAUAAUAAAGCAAAUUCAAUAUAUGUCAGUUGUUUAUCAUCAGCCAGCAGAGAGUACUUUAAAACUUUGCAUCCUUUCAAUGAGUACUAAUACACAAAACUAGUAACUAUACUAUAAAAUAAACAAACUUUUAGAUUUCACAGCAGUUCCCUGUAGUAAGAGGCCUGUAACGAAGCUGAGAGGGUUAAAAAUUCAGAGUAAAUGAAGAGGUCUUCCUUGUGUGUGUGUGUGUGUGUGUGUGUGUGUGUCUGUGUGUGUGUGUGUGUGUGUGAGGAUGGAUUUCCCCUUCUCUGUUUUCUUGUAAUAGCUGCGCUCUGCUUUAUUUGAUCCGGGCCCCCGCUCUUAUAGUAGGAUUGAAUUGGGUUUGGAGAGCAAGUGAAACGCUCAUACACACACACACACACACACACACACACACACACCUGAGACUGCCAACUGCUACAGCAGCUGCCCCAGAAAGAGUGAAGGCGAGAAAGGGGGUAGGGUGAAUGAUUGAAGAGAAAAAAAGACCAGAAAUAGGAAAGAAGACUGUCAGAAAAAGAAGGAUCUGUGUCUUUAAGGAGAAGUGUUUUUUCUUUAAUGUGCUUAUAAACACAGACAAGAAAGAAAUCCAUCAAAUUGUAGAAAUUGUUUGUCUCGAAUUCAUUUUUUCCUCCUUUUUUUCCUCCAGUCUUCUCUCAAACUUCGACACCCCCCUGUUGAGUCCCUCACUCAGCCCGACUUUUGUUUUGCUGUCUUUCCUCGUCAUGCCCCCCUAUGUCUCCACAGACUCUCCCUCCAACACACUCGCACUCACACACACACACAAACUGCGGCUGUCUCUGCGCACUCACAAUCAGUUAAUUACCACGCCGAGUGUCACUGAGUUCAUCCAAACCUUUUUUUUUUUUUUUCUGAAUUACCGAAAGGAGAAAAGAGAACUAGAGAGAUGUAGAGUAGAGUAAUGAAUGAAGAGCUAACCUCCGACUGCUUAUUGUGUGUGCACUAGUUACUCUUUACAAGAGGAGAGAAAAGAGCAGAAUGAAGUUCUUUUAAAUGAAGCGUAUUUGGGUGUUGCAACCAAGGCCGUUCUGCUUGAAACGCCUCACAAAGCCCUAUCGUGUCUCCUCUAUGCAGACAUUUGUAAGGACAUUUAACUAAUUUGUAUGAAUGUUAGAAAAUAAGAAAUUCAUGUAGAAAGAGGCUAUAUUUAACUGGAAGUCUACAUGUUCCUGAAAAUAAGAACUUUCCUCCUACUUUAACUGCUUUAGAGUUCAUAUUUGUGUUACUAACAUAGUAGUACUCAUGCUGAGAUGUAAGGAGAAAGCACCAAAGGGAUUUAGAGUACAAUCUUGAGAUUUUCAGGUAUUACUUUUGCCGUCUCCGACGCUGAUUCUGCAACAUAACAUUCUGAGACUGAGCUUGUUUAGAAUCAAAAACACAACAUUGCACAAUAUGGUGUAAUAACUCAACACAGUCACCUCUAGCUCUGUAAAGCAGCACUCAAAACUGAGGUCUUGCAAACCUAACUCAUGGUUCUUACAUAUUGUUAUUUCAAGGCAGGGUAUCUGUGCUCCCGUUACACCUAGUCCUAGAUUGGCGGGGUAGUCUUUCCCCCGGCCUCUGAUCCUCCUUAUAUCAGGGAGGUCGAAAGUUACAUCCAGGGGUAACACUAACAGGUCUAUAGUCUAACUGGUAAGCAGGACUUUGGGUCAGCCUUAACUUUCAGCUCUAAGUCGGUCCAGUCGUUCUCUCAGCUGGUGCACUUGGCCCCUGGAGUCUUAUCCUAGACCGAUUAAUCGAUCAGCUAUUUAAUCGGUCUAUUAUUGGCAUUUUGAUGGCUUUAUCAUCCUCGACAGCUCUCUAUCAUUCCACUCCCACAUCAGUAGCAUCACCCGGUCUGCAUAUUUCCACCUACGAAACAUCAACCGUCUCCGUCCAUCACUCACUCCUCACACCACAGCUAUUCUGGUCCACAGCCUUGUUACCUCACGCAUAGACUACUGCAACUCACUCCUCUUCGGUGCCCCUCACAAAUCCCUCCAUAAACUUCAACUUGUCCAAAACUCUGCAGCCCGCAUCAUCACCAGAACCCCCUCUUUUCACCACAUCACCCCUGUCCUUCAGCAGCUUCACUGGCUCCCCGUCAAGUCCAGAAUCAACUACAAAAUCCUCCUGUACACUUUCAAGGCCAUCCAUAACCUUGCCCCCCCCCUACCUCUCCGAUCUCCUCCACAUAUCCACCCCCUCACGCUCCCUCAGAUCCUCCUCCUCCCUCCACCUCUCUGUCCCCUCUGCCCGGCUCAGCACCAUGGGGAGCAGGGCUUUCAGUCGCUCUGCUCCCGACCUCUGGAACUCUCUCCCCCCGGACCUCAGGAACAUGGACUCAUUACCCCACUUUAAAUCCAAUCUCAAAACACACCUAUUCCGAAUCGCAUACUCACUUUAACUGUCUACUUUCACACUUGUAUGUUGUUUUUAUUUAUUUUAAUUAUGUUUCUAGCUGUGUUUUUAUGCCCUGUAAAGUGUCCUUGGGUGCUCAGAAAGGCGCUUUUAAAUAAAAUGUAUUAUUAUUAUUAUUAUUAUUAUUAUAUCGACAGUGACCACCAGAUGAAACGCUAGCAUAGAUCAAUGUUUUCAUCAAUUCAUUAGAAAUCCAUUCAACACAAGUUGCUGCUUAAGAGAUUCAUGAAAACUAGACUUUUGAUGUGAACAGAAUAAUGAAGUUUUAAAUUUGACUUUAUUUUUUCCUGUUUUGAUUUCAACCCGAAUUUUAACCCAGUAUUUUUUUCACUUAAUAAUUUUGGACAGCUUGACAGAGAUCCAAAAGUCUCUAGCGGCAACUUUCUACUGAGGCUAUUUUUUUUUUGUGUUUUUUUGCAAUUUCUUGUCUUAUUCGUUAGUUUCAAAACAAUGUGAUACUGGCAUAACAUAUUAAAAAUCGGCUGAAACUGUUUUUACUGGCUACCGGUCAAUUUUCAUAUUAAUUUUAAAAUUUUAGUCAUUUUGUUUAUUUUUUAUUUUUUUAUUUAACAACAAAACAGAGUGACAACAACAACAAAAACAAGAACAACAAAAAAUUAAAUAAAAAAUUAACAAAAAUACGUUUGUGAGGGAGGGGAGGGGGAAAGAAUAUAUAUAAUAGAGAAUUUAAAAAAAAAAGAUAAAAUGGAAAAAAAAAUCUUAAUUGGAUUACAUCGAAAUAUAUAUAGUAAUAAUAACACAUUUUUUAAAAAUUAAAUUUAAAAAAAAAUUUUAGUUCUAACUUUCCGGGCGCUGCAUGGUCAGGCUUCCCAAUAUAUCACUGAUUUGUUGUGCCCCUAUUCCCCAGGGCGCACCCUUCGGUCGUCAGGCCAGAACACCCUAAUGGUGCCGAAGACCUUUUAAUAAACAGGGUUUUGUUUGUCUCUUUUACUCAUCUUUUAUAUCUGCACUUAUUUCCAUAUUCACUGUACUGUAAUCAUAUUUAUGUAUGUAUAUGUACUUAUCUUUUUUUUGUACCGUUUUUUGUUUAUCUAAUCACACUUUUUUAUGUACAGCACUUUGUGAUUUUUAUCUGUGAAAAGCACUCUAUAAAUAAGCUUUACUUACUUCCUUUACUUACUACCUGAUAUCACAGUAUCGGUAUCAGCAGAUACUGUUGAAAUACCGAUAUUGGUUGACUGCUAAUAGCAACUGUGUGCUUUAAGGAAAUAACAGACUGUUGCUAUGGGAUACAAACGAAUCAGAAUCAAGCACUUAACUCAGCUGUCUGAUAAAUUGUAACGAUGGUAACAGGAGAAAUAAUUUUUGUUCCAUUUUUUUUCCAAAUAAUUUACAACCAACAAUCCUCGUAUUCUGAGUAAAAACUUCAGAAACUUGACGUUUCCUGUCAGCACCUUUCUCCAGGUGUUGACAGGGUACGGCUUUCUUAGUUUGCGUUGCUGUAACAGUCAUAGAGGAGAGUGUUUGAGAGUAAAUCUGCAUUUCCUGCAUAGAUAGUAAAAGUCCUCUAGAGUAACGUCUCCUGCUCAGCACAACAGUUUUGAACGUAGAGAGAAACGAUACAGGGUUUGAUGGCUUCCCCCAUAGGAGCUAAUCAGAGUGUAUGAGUCUACUCGGCUCAACCGCUGUGUUCCAUGACUACAUCCUGAUAAACAUCACUGUGUGCACUGUGUGUCUUGCCUGUCAGCAUGUUUGUUGUGUUAAUACAGCAGCGUAUACCCUCGGCUACAUGUGUCUGCAUCUAUCUGUGUGUAUACGUGUGUGCGUUUGCGCGCUUGUGUGAUCUGUACGUUGCAUGCGGUACUCUGUUUGUCUCGUGUGCCACAAAGUACUGGAUGCAUAUGUACGUGAAAUGUGAAAUGUCAUGUGGAGCUGUUGGGUAUCGACUGGAAUCCAGCCAUCAGUAUGGAAAAACAUGUUACUGCAGGUCAUUACUAAUGAGCCGUACAUGUGCUGGAACAUUCUGCGUGUGUGAGUGUGUGGGAAUGAGGGUGGAUUAUAUCUUUGCAUUUCGGUUCCAUACACUAUAUCUGUUACAGUCACUUAUAAUAUAUAACCGCUAACUUUCCAGUUUGUGUUAAUGUGUGUUUUCACAGACUUCCUCUGAGCAUGUGCGUAACUCGUGUCCAUGUGGGCUCCAUUAUUCACACAAGAGUGCUUGUCUGCCUUUGGCGUGAUUAAUCCACUGUCCUUCCUCACUCUGUCCCACUUUUGUUGCUCUUUUCUUUGUUUGCUCUUGAUUCCCUCCUGCUUUAUAGCAUUAAGCGAUGAGUAAUGAUGAGUGACAUCAUCUCUGGCUAGGCUAGUGCCGCCUAAUUGGCCAGAGCGAUCUGAUUGCAUUAGCUGUUGUACCUUCAGGGUAUUCCCUGUUCUCCGCCUCUACUUUGAAAGAUGCUCCUUAUUGUUUGCAUGGAGCUACAUAUUGCUUUUGUGUAUCGGCUUUUGUUUUCAUUGUAUUGGUAGCUGAAACAGGUUGUGGAAUUAGCACGUUUUUUGAUCGAUGGUUUGCUGCAUUGUAACCUGAAAAGUGAAUAAAGCUAAAAGCUGUGUUCGCUGUCAAGCUUUGACUGCUCAUGUUAAUUGCUAUCAUCGAGAAUGCACAUCUCAGGAAACCUCAAAGAUAUUACAAACGCGCUACAGGGACGCUAAUAUACCGCAGAAAUGUCUUUGGUUAUUGGGUGGGUGCUCUGGGUGCUCAGUGAGAAAGCAAUAAAGGUUGAAAAAUGAAGUUGCACUUUAGAUUUACUAACAGCCGUGAGAGGCUUUUUCCUCCACUCUUCCCUCUUCCUCUCGCUCUCUCUGUCUCUGUCUUCUCUCUUUCACAAUAAGAGCCACCUUUUCAAGUGAGGUAAAAUGAUUAUAGUAAUGGAUGCUCCCCUCACACUCCAGCCUUUCUCUUGCCCUCCUUCAACUCGCUGCUUUGUACAUUUUGUUCUGUGCAUUAGCGCGGCCCCGGGGAUGCCCUCGCUCUUUGCGGCUUAAUGCAAUCACACCUCCAGUGUAAGUGCACCGAGAAGGAGACAAUCAGGAGGAUGGAUGAGAAAGUAUGGAAGUUACAGGAGAGGACAGGUGGGUGGUGAUCACAUCAGAGGAUGAUAACUACCUGGAGACAGGAGCAGUAAGUCAUGCAAAUAAGAUCAUUGACAAGUUUCCCUCUCGGUUAAGGUACCUGCGUAGUUUCGUCAUGCAAAUGUCACCUGCACAAGCAUGUAACUGCUAAUUAGCUGCUUUUUCAGCGUCUUAAUUAUGAUAGCUGUCAAAGCUGAUAUGCAUGGCAUGCCACUGAACCAGUUAUAACACACCUUAAUGAGUGCUGAAAUGGUUAUAUGAAAAACAGUUAGUCUGAUAUUGUUCAGUCUUAAUCAGGGGACUUUUUUUUUUUUUUUUGAACCAGCACUGAUAACCGAUAAUAACCUGCUUUAGAUAGGAAGUGGUGGAGCUAUAUCAGUUUUUCAAUGGCCGGUGUAAAUACUGAUAAUGAGAGAGUGUGAGAAACAUGAGGCUUUUUUAAUUAUUCCCACGCUUAGUUCACAAAUCUAGCAAUGACAUACAACAAAAGUUUAAAGUCUAAACACUUCACAGGCACAAUCUGUAAUCUCAAGUGCAUUUUGUGGACUAUAUGCCUCAGUUACAUGACGACAAACACUUUUUCCCCCAAGUAGAGUCUUUGCUCAGUUCAGCAACUUUAGCUUUUAGUGAGAUGAAUGAGGAUGGCCUUUGCAGUGCCUGGGAAGUCCUUAUGCUGAGACCUAUACUGAGUUUAUUGCUUUUUACAACUGGGCCAUAUGAUGAAGUGCCGUCUUUCUGACCACCCACUCUAUUCCACCUACCAUUCCUUCUCCACCGCUCGCCGUCACUCUGUGUUACUCCAUCUCUGUACUAUAAUUCCUCUAUCAGCUCCUUCUCUCACCCCCCUCAUCUUAUGUAUCCUGUUACCUCUCUGUUUGUUUCAGCGACUCUUUGACAUUUGCAUCCAGUGUCUCCUCUUUUUGCCAGUUUACUUUCUCUCAAGUAGUUAAAGAGGCUGAGCGCCCAUUGAUCAUAUGAUAUGAUAACUGAGCCGAUAGCUCCAAUCACAGCCUCCCCCCUUCUCUGUAAUAAGUGAGAAAAUCAGUCAUGUUGGCCUGGAGACAAAUAAACUUCCUUUGAGCCAGCUGGUGAUUAUGUAGAUGCCCUGUUUUACAGUAACACACAUACACACAAACAUAUUAGCACUUCAAAAAUGUGUUAUGUGUUCGAGGUGUAUUUUUUAAUCUGUGAUAUUUGAUAAAACCCCCUGGAGAUCAAAUCUACAUAAACGACAGGAUAAGUCUACCAGAAGUGUAAAAACUUAUUUGUGAGGAGAGUUUUUGCACAAGGAUUUGGUUGGCUGUGAAGAAAAUUACACCAUUUUUGCACCAUGUUAUUCUGUCUGUAACAACCCGACCUGCCAUCACAGAACAGUCAGUACAGGCUGUGUACAGCAGUGCUGAUGGAUGUGCACUUACUUGUAUUCCUGCAGUAUACUGUUCUCUCCACUUAUGCUCCUUUUCUCACUCCUGUUGUGAGUGGAUAGGUGCAAGCUUACAGUUCUUUGUGCUACACUAGUUCCCCUUCACUAUGGGGGACAAAGAGAACUUGGGGCUAUACGGUGUUGUACUCUGUCUAGUCCGGAGUGAUGUACAGCAGCAGAAAGAGGUUCAGAUUAUUCACUUUUUAAAAUAUUUUUGCACACACAGGAAACAAACAAAAAGAAAAACUUCUGCAAAAGUGCUUUUGAGGAUUUAAGUGUUAAACUUAAUUUUUUUUUAACCCUGUAACUUUGCAAAAGCACUUUACUGUUAUUGUUGUGUUCAGAUCAUCCUUUUCCAUUUCCAGAAAAAUUGCUGUUUAAUUAAGCUUGUUUUCCAAAAACUAAGGAUGCAUAAUUAAAAGUAGAGAUAGAGGAUUUAUGGCAUUUUGACAAAAUUUGCGUCAUGCUUGCAUUGGUCCUCACAAACCUGAUAUCACUGUCACUUUUUCAAAAUGAAAACAUGGCGGCAUAUCUAACCCUUUAAUGCCUUUUGUAUCAUAUUUGAUACAUAAUUUUAUAUACUUCUAUCAAACCAAUAUGAUCAACAAAUUACUAAAAAAACACCUGAAUACAGUCUGAUAAAAGAUAAAAAUGUCCUCUUUUAGUUCAUUAGUUUCCAAAAACAUCUAAUGCAUCAAAUGAGAUAAAUAAAUAGAUUUGUUAAAUUUUAAGGACGUUUUGACAUUUGGGGUUUUCAGUAGUAAGUUAAAUGAACAUUUCAGCUCCAAAAAAAUUAGUGUAGUGUUACAUGUUUAUAUCGGCUUGAUAUCGGCUUUAUAUCGACUUACAUCUUUAUAUCAGUUAGCACUUUAGAGAUGCACCCAAAUCUCGUUGUGAUGUUUUUUACAACAGCAAUAAAGGUGAUUCUGAUUCUGAUUCUGAAUAUUGGCAAUCAUCAGACCUGCUCUUUCAUAAUCUGUAUCGGCAUCGACCAUUGAAAAACUGUAAUCAGUCGACUUUGAGUUAAAGGCAUAGUCAUAUCAAUAAAGAGCUGCAUUUGUUGUGUUACAAAAGUUUGAAAAAUCACACAUAAGGUGGCUGUUUGACUGCUGAAAUAGCUGGCCACUCUUGUUGUAGGGAUUGCAUAAUCGAUUAAUGAGCGUUUGUUUUUUCCUUGAAUGGGCCUCGUUUGUGUUUUGCCCAAAUCAAAAUACACAGUUGCUCACUCUUGGCUUAUUUGCUCUAAUAAAUAACUUGGCCUCUGAAGAGAUUCUACUCAUACACUCCAGAAAAUAAAUCUCCCCAAUCCUUUGCAUGUUUUCAUUAUUCCUCCUCUAAAUGAAAAGUCUUUGUUGGUCUGAAAUCCCCAGACCGUUCAUGAAUGCAACGCCUCUCAGCAAUAAUUCAGAGCUCUGCUGCUGCACUCUGCUGGGACUUCAUAGAGCAUUGUGAUCGCCUCAGAUAGGGAAUGUGCUGUACACAUCACUGUACAGCACAUUCAAGACUGUACAUAACUGUAGGCUGUGUUGGCUGUUGUGUGGGAGGUUACAUAAACAUAAACAGAAGAACUGCCAUAAUGUCAUAUUUUUGAUUUGUGCCAAAGUCUAGUCUGCAACAGAAAACGGGGACUAAGAAUCUGAAACACUUACAUUGUAAGCUGUGUCCAUCAGAGUCUUAUCAUUAACUACAGGAGUAAGUUAUUUACCCGCUGUAGGAUGUAGGAGAAAUGCUCUUGUCUUGAUUGUGCUGAGAUAGCACACAGAGUUUUCUCUCUGAGGUAUUACAAUAACCUCUGAGUAGUUUCAAAGCGCUAGCAUGUGUGUGUAUGUACAGUACAUGUGUAUGUGUGUAUGUGUGUGUAUGUGUGUGUGUGUGCUUGAGCCUGUGUGGAGGUGUGUGUGAAUGCUUUCGACUGGGAGGAUUACGUAACAGUGAUGCCUGCUGCUACGGGUCACCAUGAAUGACAGGAGUACACACACACACACACAGAGGCACACAUGUAAAUCAUUACAAAUACAAACACAUGUCGUAGCUGAAUGUACUCACUGGCACACACACACACACAGACACACACACAGAAACACACAUACUCCUUUUACUGUAUGCCUCUGGUGUUCUUUCGCUCCCCUGCUCUCUUUCUCUCUCUUUCCCUCCCUUCCUCUUCUCUCUCUCUCUCUCUCUCUCUCUCUCUCUGUCCUGUUUGAUCUGCUGUCUGAUUAGUUGAAAGGCUUUGUAUACAGUGUGUUCAAUAUGCAUGAUGAAAUCUUGAGCCGUAAGGUGGAAAGAUUUAACGUUUGCAAUCCUAUUUUGAUACAGACACUACAAUACCCAUACGAGUAUUAUUCAACAGAUGAUGCAAAUAUAGUAUCUGCAUGAUCUAAUGUAUCUUAAACUGGAAUUGAUUUCAGUACAAGUAGCUGAUACAGGUACUUGUAUUGAUAUCAGUACCACUACAUAUACUGUUACUGGUACGUAAAAAAGACCCGGUAUCAAUACAAAUACAUGACGCUACAGAUAUUGUUAUUGACAUCCUUACUUGUCACUGAUAAAAUUUUUGGUGUCAUUACCAGUACUUGCUCCAAAACUGAUACUAGGAUGAUAUCCGAUAUCGGCAUGGAUACCAAUACUGGAAUAGAUCUCCAUACGGAUACUGGCAUUGAUACAUAUGCACAUAUCAGUUAGGAUUGAUACUAAUACCAGAAUCAAAAGUUACCCUGGUGUAGAUAUUGAAAUACAGAAUUUUGCUAUCAAUACCGAUAUCAGAAUACAUGACUACACAAGUCUUGAUGAGACACUGAUUGUGGCAUUGGUACUCUUCCAGUCAUGGAGUAAAUAACAAUACUGGCAACAAUACUGAUACUGGAACCAUCAAUACCAAUAUUUGCAUUGACACCAAUAUCAGAAUGGAUCCCGUUACCUUACUAGUAACGAAACCAAUACCAACAAUUACACAAACUCUAGAAGUGAUCCAUUUUUGAUAUUGGCAUUGAUAUCAAUCAAUCAAUCAAUCAAAUUUUAUUUAUAUAGCGCCAAUUCACAACAGUCGUCAUCUCAAGACGCUUUUCAAGGAACAAGAGCAGGUCAGGACCGCGCUCAUUGUUUGAUGAUCAAGAACCAACCUAAGAUGGGUUUUGGCCCAUCUCAACUAACAUGAGUAGCAGUGGCAAGGAAAAACUUCCUUUUAACAGGCAGAAACCUUGGGCAGGACCAGACUCAUGCUAGACAGCCACCAUGCCGCUGCUGGGUUGGGGUGGAAUGUAGAGAGAAGAGGGGAGAGGAGGAGAGGACAGGGGAAGGGAGAGAGACAGCAAGAUAGGGGAAAGGCGAGAGAGAAUUAGUACGGAGAGGGAGGGGGAGGGAGAGAGAGUAGGGAACGAGGGUGAGAGAGAGACAGGAGGCAGCAGGAACAACAGCAACAACGACAACAGCUCAUGUAAUGGUGAAACAAAAGACGUUCAGUUUACAGGUUUAGGAUAUGAGUGAUAAUGGACAAUGUUGAAUUAAUUGAGUGUGAUUACAGUUAGCAGGCUUAAUCGUAGUCAGUUCUAUUUUGUAUGUCAAUAAUGACAGUGAGGCUGAUGUUCAUGUCUGCAGUAACAGUAACAGCAACAGUCCAGAGGAAUCAGAGAGAAGAAGGAGCUCAGGGCCGGGGGGGGGGGGGUCUCUGCAGCAACGGUCCAGAGAAGCCAAAGAGCCAAAGAGAUGGAGGAGCUCAGGGCCCAGGAUGGAUGCAGCUGGGGUCAGGCAGUUCCGCAGCAGACCGUUUGCAGCAUUAGUCCAGUGGCAGCUAAAAGACUCAGAGACACUCAGAGAGACAGAAAACUGGUCAGUGACUUAUAUGGGACAUAAAGAUCUAAAGAGGAGAUAGAGACAGACUCUAGCUCAGUGUGCCAGAUAGCCCCGGCAGUCUAGGCCUAUAGCAGCAUAACUAAGAGCUGGUUCAAAUCAGCCCUGACUAUAGGCUUUAUCAAAGAGGAACCUUUUAAGUCUUCUCUUGAAAGUUGAGAGUGUGUCUGCCCCCCGAACCUCGAGCGGUAAAUGAUUCCAGAGGAGAGGUGCCUGGUAGCUGAAAGCUCUUCCUCCAACACUACUUUUAGAGACAUUUGGUACAACGAGCAGACCUGCAGACUGUGAGUGUAACGGUCUAGAUGGAAAGUACGGUAUAACUAGCUCGUCGAGAUAUGAUGGCGCCUGGCCAUUAAGCGCUUUAUAUGUCACAAGGAGGAUUUUAAACUCAAUUCUAUAUUUAAUAGGGAGCCAGUGAAGAGAGGCUAAAACAGGGGAGAUGUGCUCCCUUCUACUAGUUCUAGUCAAUACCCGAGCUGCUGCAUUUUGGACCAGCUGAAGAGUCCUUAAUGACUUACUAGAGCAGCCUGAUAGGAGAGAAUUACAGUAAUCCAGCCUAGAGGUAACAAAGGCAUGGACUAGUUUUUCUGCAUCGCUCUGAGACAAUAUGCGUCUAAUUUUUGAGAUAUUGCGCAGGUGGAAAAAGGCUGUCCUAGAAAUUUGUUGAAUGUGGGAGCUAAAAGAUAAAUCCUGAUCAAAUACAACUCCUAGAUUACGCACAGUGGGGUUGGAUGCCAGGCUGAUACCAUCAAAUGUAGCUAAAUUACUAGAGAACGCCUCUCUAAGGUGUUUAGGACCGAGGACCAGAACUUCAGUUUUGUCUGAGUUGAGCAUUAGAAAAUUAUUGGUCAUCCAGGAUUUUAUAUCUUUGAGGCAGGCUUCUAACCUGGCAACCUGGCCUGCUUCCUCUGGCUUUAUGGAUAGGUAUAGCUGGGUGUCAUCUGCAUAACAGUGGAAAUUAAUCGAAUACUUCCUCAUAAUUUUACCCAGCGGAAUCAUAUACAGGGUGAAGAGGAUUGGACCGAGCACUGACCCUUGCGGCACACCGUAGCAGACUUUGGUGUGUGCAGAGGAUUUAUUAUUUACAUUGACAAACUGGGAUCGAUCUGUUAGGUACGAUUUAAACCAGGAGAGAGCUGAUCCUGCUAUGCCUAUAGAUUGUUCUAGUCUCUGAAGCAGGAUGGAGUGGUCAAUUGUGUCAAAUGCUGCACUAAGAUCUAACAGGACUAGAACAGAGAGAAAACCAUUGUCUGAGGCCAUGAGUAGGUCAUUUGACACCUUUAGCAGAGCAGUCUCUGUGCUGUGAUGGGUUCUAAACCCAGACUGGAAAUCCUCUAAUAAACCAUUGUUAUGGAGAAAAUCACAGAGUUGAUUCGCAACAACUUUCUCUAGGAUUUUAGAAAUAAAAGGAAGGUUGGAUAUUGGUCUAUAGUUAGCUAGGGAGCUUGAGUCUAGAGUAGGUUUUUUAAGGAGAGGCUUAAUCAAUGCAGUCUUGAAAGACUGGGGAACAUAUCCUGUUAAUAAAGACGUGUUAAUCAUUUUGAGCAGGGACGUACUAAUCAAAGGAAGAGUUUCCUUCAGCAAUUUAGAUGGAAUUGGGUCUAAGAGACACGUCGAUGGUUUGGCUGCUAGCACCACUGACUUUAACUCAGGAAGGUCAAUAGGUACAAAAUUACUAAGGUGCACCAGAGGCCUUAGGGGCUCCUCAACAUUUUUAGGGUUAUCUGAGAGAGAGACACUUGAUGGAGUCAAUAGGUUACUAAUUUUACCUCUUAUUUUUAAGAUUUUAUCAUUGAAGAAGCUCAGGAAGUCAUUGCUGCUAAGGGCUAAUGGGAUACAUGGUUCAGUGGUGCUCGGACAGUCUGUCAGCCUGGCUACAGUGCUGAAGAGAUAUCUGGGGUUAUUCUUAUUUUCCUCAAUAAGAGACGAGUAGUAGGUUGUCCGAGCACGUCGUAGGGCUUUCUUAUAUUUAUCGAGACAUUCCUGCCAGAGAAAACGAGCUUCAGCUGUUUUGGAGGAGCGCCAAAUCCUUUCACAUUUUCUUAAUAACUGUUUCAGCUCACGGGUUUCAGCAUUAUACCACGGGGCUAGCCUCUCGCGUGUAAUAGUUUUCUGUCGAAGAGGGGCAACUGAGUCUAGAACUGAUCGCAGUGUGCCUGAGGUAUCAUCAACAAACUGGUCGAGUUGCAAGGGACUGAUGUUUAAAUAUGAGCUAUCAGUAAAGUUUUUCUCAACUACAGAAUUUAGAGCAGACGGAAUUACCUCCUUGAACUUAGUAACAGCAUUUUCAGACAACCUUCUAGUUAGCACGAAUUUGUUGUGAGGAGAGUAACCUGAAAGCACAAAUUCAAAAGUUACUAGACACUGAUCAGAUAAUAGAGGAUUUAAUGAGCUGACUAACAGGGCAUCAGUUUCGAGGCCAUAAGCCAGGACGAGAUCGAGAGUGUGGUUAAAGCAGUGCGUAGGUCUAUGUACACACUGUGUAAACCCAAUUGAAUCUAGCAAGGACCGAAAAGAAAUGCUUAGGCUAUCAUUUUCCACAUCUAUGUGAAUAUUAAAGUCACCAACGACGAUGACUUUAUCUGCGAGAAGGACUAAUUCGGAUAGGAACUCUGAGAACUCUGACAAAAACUCAGAGUAUGGGCUCGGAGGGCGGUAAACUAUAGCAAAUACCAGUGGUCUCAUGGACUUUGAGGCUGGGUGCGGGAGACUGAGAACGAGACUUUCAAAAGAGUUAUAAUCUAGUUUUGGUCUUGGGUUAAUUCUAAGACUGGAAUUGUAGAUAGCUGCAACUCCACCACCUCGGCCAGAGUCUCGAGGAAUGUGAAAGUUUAGGUGGCUAGGAGGAGUGGAUUCAUUUAAACUUACAUAUUCAUCCUUACGCAGCCAUGUUUCGGUUAGGGAGAGUAAAUCAAUGCGAUGAUCAGAGAUUAGUUCAUUUAUUAACACAGAUUUUGAAUUUAGAGACCUUAUAUUCAGUAGGCCACAUUUUAUCUUACAAGUACUUGGUUCAGCUAUGUUAACAGUCUUAAUUCUAGUAAGGUUCUUGUUAUUUACUCCUUUUUUAAUUGAUCGGUUAGAAUUUGAGAGCAGAGUACGAGGGACAGACACAGUCUCUAUAUUAAAGUGACAGUAGCUAGGAGGCUGCUCUAACAAAAGUACAGAGGAACGUGUAGAGCUGUGGCUAUGCUCCCUGAUUUCUAUGUCAAGCUGAGAGUAGCUAUCAGUGCUUGUAUCAACACUAAUACCAGAUUACUUACAGAUACCCAUAUUCAGGACUUGCACCAACACCAAUACUGAUACUGGCAUUGAUACCAGCCCUGGAAUAGAUACCAAUACUGGCUGUGAGACUGAUAGUGGAAUCAACACUUAUACUGGCAACAAUACCAUAACUUGCAGAGAUACCACUACUGGAAUAGAUCCCUAAACUGUUCCUUGCAUUGAUAUCUAUACUGGUAUAAAAACCAAUACCAGAAUCUACCCAAUUUUAAACCAGUAUUUGCACUGAUACCAAAACUGAUACUGGGCUUGAUUCCAAUACUGGCACUGAUACUACUCUGGCGUCAAUACUUAUACUGGGAUUGAUAUCAAUACCAGAAUACAUACCUUUACUGUGACUGGUAUUGAUACAGAUUUUCCUAUCAACACCAAUAUGGUAUUGGCACUGAUACCAAAGUCUGGAUUUCAUCUGACUCCUGAAGGGAAAAACUAUUUGGUACACCUUGAUGAUGAUUUGCUUAAUACCAUAUAUUUUUAUCCAUAUCCUGUUGUUGUAGGAUAAAGUAGCAUGAGACAGUGAACCAUCCAAUCACAGAAGAGUGUAUGAACAAACAUGUCAAAAUCGUUUUCAAGCCACACUCAACACACGAGACAUAUGCAGUGCACCUACACAUACAGGGAUCCAUCUGUCUAUUGACUUCUGUCACUGCACACACACACACAAGGAAGUCCCUGUUGAUGCCAGCUUCAUGGAAGCAAGUAUUUUUAGACUGUGUUGGUAGUAAGAAAAAGGAAGGUAGGGAUUUCAGUGUGUGUGUUUUAGGGCUGAAACGAUUACUCGAGUAACUCGAGUAACUCGAUUAAUAAAAUUCCUCGAGGCAAAUUACAUGCCUCGAGGAAUCGUUUAAAUCCGGAACCAUGUGCAGCGCACGGUGUUUGACACGGACGGUUAUUUCUGUUGCGCAGCAGCGUGCUCUUUCCGCUCCUUCCGCUGCCGCGCGUUUCAUAGACAUAAUAAAAGGGUAGACCCCGCUGGGGGUGCUGCGCAGCGAGAAAUGCGGCCGCCAUCUUGGUCAGGUCAAGCUUCCCAUACGCCAAUCAUAUUCAUUCAUUCAGCGAUGCCGGAGCACUGUGCGGCGUAUUCCUGUGCCAACAGGCGGACAGCAGAGAACAGGGCUCAAGAAAUAACUUUUCACAGUUAUGAUUAAACGUUUUUUAAACAUUACACUUGACUGUAGAGUCAUUUGUAGGCCAAAGAGGAAGACUAUCGGUCAACUCCAAAAAGGAAACAGCAUUUGCGAACAGCUAGCUUAUUCACAAUAAUAGCAACUUUGGUCGAUUAUCAACAGAUUUGCAUUAGAUUGAAAAACUUUUGUUUGAGAGAGGUUCUAAGAAACGUUAAGAAAUAAAAUAGAAAGAAAAAGGAAGAAAGUGAGCUCUGUUUUAUUAUCUGUUUUAUUAAAGAUUUCUUUGUGGUGAUCUCCUGUUUCAUUUUGAAGAUUUCCUAAGGACAAAAACUUGAGGAAGACGUGGGAGAUUGCUGUUAGAGGGAGAAGUUCGCAGCAAGUGAUUCCUCUGUGCUGUGUAGCCAACAAGCAAAUUGAUAUGUAGUUUAGAUGCUGUCCUGUCAUGCUGUUCUUGUGUUUAAAUCUUUUUGAUAUGUAGGCUAUAUAUUUGUGUGUAUUUUCCAGUUAUUAAAAUAGUGCUUCUAUAUGACAUUAUUUGUGUGUGUCUACAAAUGGAUAAAUAAAAUUAAACUAUAUAAAAAAUUAUAAUCAAAUCAAUAUAUAUUGAAUUGGCCUAUUAAUACCGCCAGUUAUUAAUAAUUAUUGAGACAUAGCAGGAACCUAGCUCUAAACCUAAAUAUAUCCUUGAUUAAUUGUUAUACUAUACUACAGCCACUGCUGCCAUGUUCUAAAAUAUCAUUUUAUUCAUUCUGAGCAUUUGAAAACGCCCCCAAAAAAUAUGGCCUCUAUCAUGCCUCUUUGAAUGGCGUUUGCAGAGAAGAAAAUUACGUAGUAUUGAGCGAACUAUGAUUCAUUAAUGCGCUCAGACUUCAUUCCGCCGGUUAAACAGCGGUGCAGAGUGAGGCGGAUGACCGGACCAAGAUGGCGGCCGCAUUUCUCGACAGCGCCCAUUCGUGGUAGCGGCCGAUGCGGGGUCUAUCUUUUAUUAUGUCUAUGGCGCGUUUGGUUCAAUCAUGGAGGGAAACGAGGACAGACAGAGAGAGGAAGAAAGAGAUGACACGCAGAGGAAACGGCAGAAAGUGUCUAAAGUGUGGGACCAUUACACACUGAAAAGGAAAGAAAACGCCGUGCAGUGCGUUCACUGUAAGGCGGAGUUGGCGUUUCACAACAGCACGUCGUCAAUGCUGCAGCACCUUAAAAGAAAACACCCGGUCCAUGCAUUAAGUCCGCUCUGAGGCAAACGUGAUUCAAUGCAAAGUAUUACAGUGAGAGCAAAACAUUUCUUAUCCGAUUACUCGAUUAAUCGACAGAUUAAUCGAUAGAGUACUCGAUUACUAAAAUAAUCGAUAGCUGCAGCCCUAGUGUGUUUGUAUAUUCUGUGUGUGUGAUGCUCAGUCAGACUUGAUGACAUGCUCUCAGCUUCAACGGAGUUAAAGAGUUUAAUAAAAAGUAGUGAUGUAGUCCGAUUCUCCAACCUUUCCCCUCUUUCUCUCUCGGCACCAGCCCUCCUAAUGAAUCUACAUUGCUCCUCUAAUAGAAAUCUAUAUCUGCUGUAGUGGUCACAGAUCCAGAAAGAACACACAAAUGGUCUUUCCUUUUACGAGCCCUACACACACACACACACACACACACACACACACACACACACACACACACACACACACACACACACACACACAUGCACAUGCACACGUGCUAAAACAGUGAAAAUGCACAGGGUUGGCUGUUGUAGAGUCAUGUGUGGAGGACAGGCCGGUCCAGUUUUGGCACUGAUUCUAUUCUCAAUGAAGCGGGAGUUUGUGAAUUAUUGAAGCGCCUGUCCUCUUUCUUUGCUCCCUCUCCAUCUCUUUCCCUCCCACUUUAGAUCUCAUAUUUUUCUCUCUCUCCACUCCUCUUUCUCACACUCAUAUCCUCUCUUCCUCUUUUUUUGUUUUACUCCUCUAUUAGAUAAGGGAGAGUCAGUGUGAUUUGUGAGCCAGUAGUUCUGUCAGUGUGUGUGUAUAUUUGUGUGAUUUGAGUGAUGUUGGUUAAUCCAGGGCUGUCCUUGGGGACAGAUUUGGCCCAUAUUACAGCCUGCUAUUACUGCUUCUGAAACCUCCUGUGCAUUGAGACAGCCAUUAUUUACUGCCAUGCGUCGUCUCAACUCCCUCACUAGUAUUUCUUUUAUAAAGCUCCACCCUGCUCUGAGUGAGCAAACACACAGAGAGACACAAAUGUAGGAGUAGAUUGUGAGACUACUUUCUGGUUUUGAAGACGAAUUGCUUGCUUUGCCUACACGAAAGUGAAGACAGAAACAAAAACUGUUCACUUAAACAGUUUUAUAAAGCUUAAAUUUAUCAAAGUAAUCUACAAGAAGCCAAAAUCUAAAUUUUGACCCACAAAAUGACGAGGACUCCCUCUUUUUUUUCAUUUGUCACAUUAAAUGUAACUUAAAUAUCCACUUUCCAUCUAAACCAAUGAAGAAAAAGAAUCUGCUUCUUCGACCCGUCUCCAUCUUUUCCUCUUUUUGUUCUUCUUCUUCCUCUACCCUUCUCAAUCUUUUACUACUUAGUAUUUUAUUUGUCUUUUCUUCUUUUUCUUUUUUUUCUGCUUUUUCCUUCUUCUCUACUCAUCUUUUGCCUUUUCUUCUUGUUUUUUAGUUUUUCUUCUUUUUUUUCUACUUUUUCUCCUUUACUCCAACUUUCUUUAUUUUCUUUUACUCUUUUUUUUUCUCCACUUCUUUUUCUUAAUGAGUAUUUUACAUAAAAACAUCUCACAGCACAGUGACAUUCCAAAACUAGAGAAGCACUUGGAGAGCGCAGACCUCCGCCAAGCAGCUCAUGUCCCCCCCAUGAACAAGAAAUGCUCUGACCAGGAUUUGAACCCAGGACCUUUUGGUUGUGAGGCAACAGUGCUAACCACUACACCACUGUGCAGCCCGUUGAUUUUCUCUCAGCAUUGAAAAUUCCAACGACACCCUUAUUUUUGUGUGUUCUGGAUCACAGUAUCCAGAAUUUUGUCCGGAUCACCACUAAAAUUUAAUGGGAUCCUCCUGGGGCUGAGACACACCUCUGGUGAAAAUUUCAGGUCAAUCCGUCUGUUAGUUUCUCCGUAAAGUUACUAACAGACAAACAAACCAACGCUACCGAAAACAUAACCUCCUUGGCGGAGGUAAUAAGUUAUUAUUUUAAUGACAUCUAAAUCUGUAGGGUUUAAUAAAUCAACUGUUUGUCCAUUAAGACCACUGAAAUCAGGAUUGACCCUAAUUUAAAGGUGGGUUUUUCUUACACAUGGCUAUCUUUGUGCUUGCUUUCAAACUGGAUACACACCACCUAACAGCACAGACAUGAAGACAAAUGGAGGUGUCACCUUUCGACUGAGGGCAUGGUUUAUACAGUAUCUUAUCCACUGGGAUGUGUGACAGUAAAAAAUCACACACAUUAACACACAUACUGUACAUGCAGUCUACCUGAACAGACCAAAAACAGGUCACAGCAUUGUACCUCAAACCACCCACUGAUAAUGACUGACUGAUCAGUCAUGGAGAAACCAGUGGGAAGAUAUUUUUACACAUACCCCUCUCUCUCUCCUCACUGCUUUAUCACUCUAUGGGUGUGUGUGUGUGACAGCACCAGUGCUCUCUCACUGAACGUCGAACACACACAAUCCCAGAUAAGCGUGUUUGUGAGAAAGUGGGUUUGUGGUGUUGUAUAGAUUCCGUGUCAUGAAUCAAUAGUUGGUGCCAAUUCAGAUGACUGUAAAAGUGUUGUAGAUUUAUACUGAGGUGCAGCGUUGGCAGUCAGACAUGCGGGUCUCUGUCCGCUUCUUGUGACAGGAGUUGAUGAAUGAUGGACUAAUAACCAGUGCUCUCUACAGGGAGCAUAUACUCUGUCGGGCAUGUCAAAUAGAAGCAGUUGUUUUUCUCCGCUGAUGUUUUACUGUUGAAGAAAAGAGAGAUGACGACCAGGAUGGAGUCGAAUAAAUGUUUGCAGUCAGAUGAUUUAUGGUCUUUUGAUUUUCUCUUUCUACAUAUUUGAUCAAGGUCUCUCUACACUUAAAUAGAGUUUCAUUUGUUUACUGACUGUGCUCCAUGCUCUUACUCAUUCAUCUCACUAUAAGUUGUUUUUCAUAUGAAAAUACUCACAUCUAAGUACAAUUUUCAAAAACGAAGCAGCUUUUAGUUGUACAACAGCUUGGCAGAGACGCAGUGAGAAUGUGCCUGAUUAAAAAGUUAAUCAUGUUUCCAGCUUACACACACAUACGACUGUUUUAAAGCUCGUCUGUGCUCUUUCCUUCCCCCUUUUUUCCUCUCUUGCUCCCUCACCUCCUCCCUCCUAGAAUUGCUGCCAAAGACUCUUUCCCAUAACCCUCUCAGACCUGUGUCUGUGUGUGUGUCCCUGCACAGUAGCCUUAAAUAAGAGACAGAUCGAAAGGCAUGCAGGCUUCACACACCCUCUUGCACACACACACUUGCACACACAUGUACAGUAUCGGCCUUGUUGCACAGGCCCCAGGGAUUAGAGUUGGAACUAUUUCCUGUUUGGGUCGAGGGAGAAAGGGGAAGUAGUGUGGAUGAAAUCUGACGUAACCACGGCGGUGGUCUUCCUGUGUGCUCCACUGGGGCUUGGGUGUUACCCAGAGUUCAGUUUCCAUGGUCAUUAAUAGAUCAAGUGCAUCAAUGCCAGGAGCCAAGAGAACUCAGGAAUUCAAGGCAUGCACCACAAAAAAGUAUCUGUACUUAUACGAUGCAAAAGGGAUAGCAUGACAGGUAGAUGUGUUGAUUAGGAAAAACAGAUUCACUUUGUAACACACGUAUGCCAUUUGGUCGUCAUUAGCAUAAAAAAACUCAACUUUCAUAGCAUUCAGGUAUUAAUCUACUAUAUGUAUGCACUGUUCAUUUCACUACCUCUGUAUGAAAAACAUCAUAGCCCGGUACUUCAACAUGAGUGCCCUGUAAUAGAAUUACAAGUCAAUAAAGAUAACAGAAAAAUUGAUAGGACAUAAACUGUAUUGUGAAGCUUCUUAAAAGCAGCAGAGAUCUGAUUCGGUCUGCUCUUGUGCAUCAGUAUGUCUCUUGUGUCAACAGCCAAAUAGAAAUGGUAGAAAUGUGAAGGAGGGGUUUUGAGGUUGAGAGUGUAAAAACUCGUUCAAAGCAGAGGGUGUUGGGCCAAGGUGAGAAAAUAACACCGUUAGUGAGGCACCAAAAGUAAAUACAGUGCCGUAUUAAUACCACACACACUGAGAAGUAAAGCCAUACAAGAGCCUUAGAAAUUGAAGUGAAGCAGAGUUUUAUGGAUUAAAUUAGUCAAAGUGGUUAUGGUAUUUAAAAAAAAAUGUCUUUUUUAAAAUCAGUUUCUCUAAAUGUUCAUGAAAUGUUAUGUUAGUUGGCAUAAAAAGUCUUACAGUGCAACAAUUCCAGGAAUAAGGUCACAACUUUGCAUGUUUAAAGCUCCAAUGAGGAACUUUCAGUCAGUGGCGAUGUUGGCGCCCCCUGUAGAUAGAACACUCUUUGCUUACCUUGUCCUUUACAUGCAUGUGUAGUCAUUUUUUGGGGAUCGUAAUCUCAUCCUGCUGUCAAAUUUUUCAUAACCUGUGGAAAUUGUAAAAGCAGAGCUGCUUUCACAAUGCUAGACGCCUAUCCUUCGCACCAAUAUCAAGCGUUGUGGCCGGUGUCCUUAGCUGCCGUUGGAAAUAGUGGAAAGGAAUUCAUAUUAAUUUUAACGGAUUUCAUAAACAUGAAAAAAGGUCCACAUAGGAGCUUUAAAGCUACUCAGAUACUUUAAAAAAAGAAACAUGGUUUUUAUGGCGUCUAUCAUAAAAGGAUCAUGCCUAAGGAAGAAUAUUAGCGAUUAAACAUUUAAAAUACACUUUACCUUGUGUGACUUAUGGUAGCAGGCCUUUGGUUUUAAUCAGCAUUGAUUUAUCAGGUUCGGGUCAUUUGAGAUCCCAUAAUUUCACACUGAGAGGAUUUAUGGUUAUUCAUUGUUCAGGUUCACAUUUUUACUCCUGACAAGUAGGAUGCUUUAAAUUUGCAUCAUGAACUUUGAGUUAAAUAUCCAAAGAUGUUUUGAUUUUUGUUACAGCUUCCAGGCUAAAUAAAAAAAAAAAACACAUACUGUUACUUGUGUUAUUAAAUCAGUGUUUUCCAGUUGUUAUUGUGUGUCAUGGAGGUGUUACAAUGCCUUUUCACACAGGAUGAUUAAAUGGAUGCUUGAAUCCCUUUUUUUGAGUGUUAACACUGCGCAGAGGGAGAAUUAUUAACCACGCAGAAUAAACACAUGAAGAGUCUCACAUCGGGGUGAUAAUGUUUUAUAUUCAGGAAUUGAUUAUAUAGCUAAAAGCUGGGACUCACUUACUCGGUUGAACAGGCAGGAUGUGGGCUCCAGUGACUUCCUCUUAAGGUGUGAAGCUGUCUGCUAAAAACAGGGAAUGUAAUACCUCGCUCGCUGUGCGGAUCUUACACGUUCACCUAGAAACAGACAACACAGGAACUCUCGCCCUCAGUGUCUCUCUCAAACACACACACACACCAACAAUUGCAACAAAAAGGUGAAAAAAGUUACAGCAAAACAGUUCUGUGAUGAUUUUAUGUUUUAGGUGGACAGGAAUCCUUUCAUGAGAGUUUUCAUGUUGACACUUGGAGUUAGUAGAGACGUUUCAAAAAGGGCUGCAACAUGGUGAGACACACUUCUACCUGUUGCCUAUGUGUCUGUGUCUGUGUUUACGCCCAGAAAGCAAGUAUAGGGAGAGAGAAGGAUGCUUUUUUGUGGUGUAAAGAGAAGGCUGCUAUUGAUUAAAACUUGUAUUCAAAACAUGUUGAAGGUAAAAGUAUCAAUAAGCUAUUAAAACUGCAUUGAUUUGCAGCGAGAUAUCUUCCUUCUUCUUCACUUUUCAUUUAUCGCAUCAAUAUCAGCGUGAAAGGCAAAAGGAAGUUGAUUUAAAACUAUCUUAUGCUUGCUACAAAGUCUACUGCUAAAGCAAAAGCAUGCUAGUUUGUUUGCCUCUGAUUUAUGCAUUGUAAAAAAUAAGUAACCGUGGUUCUCCUAAAAUAGACCGGAAAGCCAUGAUUUCCCUCUCCAUGGCAACAAUUCAGUCGAGCACCAAGUUGAAGUUGAUGGAGUGUAUUCUCUCAGCACCAUAUUUACUGUGUGUCUGUGUCUCUCUGUGUGUGUGUGUGUGUGUGUGCGUUGUACGUCUUCCUGUGUGUGAGUCUUUGUUUAUUUGUGGACGACAAGAUCCAAGUCGUUGUUUGUUUGGUUGAGUCCAUCUCUGUGGAAACCCAGAACAAGUAGAGAGGCUGCUUCAACUCCUGCCAGGCCCCUGAAAAUGAAGUCUUUACUUUCUUUUGUCGAUGUAACAUCCAACUAGGUAUGAUAAAGGCUUCCAUUUUGUGUUUAUGAUUAAACAUGUCCGUUUUUCGACAAUGCAUCCACAGCAUUCACGAACACGAACAGAAUAGGAUGAGCCUCGCUGUGCAGAGUAAAAUAUGCAUCCAUUUACCUCCCCUUUAUCAGUCAAGUACAUGAACCCAGGAACCUAACUACUGUAGAUGACGCUUUAUCUAUUUGUAGCUUCAGGGUAGACACAAACAGACGGGAAAGUGCAUGCACAGACACACACAAACACACGCGCAAAAACAGUGUGUAGUGUCAGGCACGGCAGGGGUUGCAUCUCAGCAGAUGGCAGGAGCCGCCCACACACUGCCAGUUGUUAUACAAUAUGUAUUGUAUAACCGCAGCGAGCAACAGGCCCCCUCCUGGUACAUAGAAAAGCAACACACACACAAACACAAAUCCAGUCAUUCACAGGCAGGGAAAACAUAGAUGCUGUCUCUCUUUCUCUCCAUACACACAUACAUACAUAAAAACAACACGCCUCUUAGUCACCACACACUGAAACGGUUCGGGUAUUUAGUCAGUAGGUUAGUCCUCUCUCAUAUUGAGUCAUUCACAUAUCCAGUCAGACAGCUCAAUCAGGCAGCAACACAGCUGUUCAGUAGGCAAGCAAGCAGCCACCCAGUGAUGGAUAAUCAAUUAGUCUUUUUGCCAGGGAUACAGCUGUGCGGUGAUUCUCACAGCUGUUCAGGUAACCAAGCCGUAAGCCGCACAAACAGCUGUGCAGUCACUCACACACAGAUUCAUCUGUAUUUUUUGUAUCAUAUAAAACACUCGUUUUUACCACCAAACUCGGUUUUAUUUAAGUUUUGAGGGACAGAGAAAGUUUUACAUGGAUUACAGUCACUGAACAGAACAUCCAAAUAAAAUCACAGCCACAGUAGAGCGCUGCUGUAGAUGUAUUAGUGUGUCUGCUUCUAUACUGUUGUGUUUAUGUCAUUUGAUAAGAUGUUCAGUGAGGUGCUCUGUUGAAGCUGUUUACUUUUUACUCUGUCUGUUUUAUUUCAGCUUCACUUCAUCUGCUUCAUGUCAGUUUAUGUAGUCUCUGCUCCACUCUUGAUGUAUCUAAAGUAUCUCCCGCCUUUUUUUAUUUUAUCACUUUUUCUUUUUCCUUUUUGCACAUUGUUUAUUGUUUUAUUCAUCCUUUUCAUCUCUCAUUCUUUUUCACUAGCUUGCUUUUUUCUUCCCUUUAUCACCAUUUAUAUUAUUUUCUUUCUUUCUUUCUUUCUUUCUUACUUUCUUACUUACUUUUUUCUUUUCUUUCUUUCUGUCUUCAUGAUGCUUUCUUUUUUCCCUUUUUGCUCAUUCUUUAUUUUUUAUUCACCCUUGUUUUCUCUUAUUCUUUUACUAGCUUGCUUUCUUUUCUUUCCUUUAUCACCUAUUAAUAUUAUUUUCUUUCUUUCUGUCUUUCUUUCUUUCUUUCUUUCUUACUUUUUUCUUUCUUUCUUUCUUUCUUUCUUUCUUACUUACUUUUUCUUUUCUUUCUGUCCUCAUGCUUUCUGUCUUUUCUUUUCUUUUUCUUUUUCCUUUUGCUCAUUUUUUAUUUUUCAUUCAUCCUUUUCUUCUCUCAUUCUUUCUCACUAGCUUCCUUUUUUCAUUCCUCUAUCACCUAUUUAUAUUAUUUUCUUUCUUUCUUUCUUUCUUUCUGCUUCAUGCUCUCUAUCUUUUCUUUAAUUUUAUUUUUUUCAUUUUCCUUUUUGCUCUGUCUUUAUUUUGUACUCAUCCAUUUCUUCUCCUAUUCUUUCUCUGGCUUGCUGUCUGUUUUUUCUUUUCUUUUUCUUUUUCCUUUAUCACCUAUUAUAUUCUUUCUUUCUUUCUUUCUUUCUUUGCAGUAGUUGCUUCAGAGGUUCAUCUUGCAGCACAUUUCAUCUUUGAAGAACCAUUCAUGUUUACCUGUAUGUUACAGCAGAUUUAACUCUGUAUAAUUUCACAGCACAAAUGCAUCCCUCUGUUUUAUAUCUGGUUCGACCCAGCUGGAGCGAGUUAAUUUAACACCUCUCUCUUCCUUUUUCAUUUUCCCUCCUUCCUUGAGCUUCCUUUAGUUGAAGCUCUCAUACUGAAAAUGCAUCAUGAGGAUGUUUGAGAGUCCUACAGUGUCUGUGAAAUCCUAUUUCUUUUUUUUUUUUUUUACGGUAGAUCCACACAGACACAUAAACACAAACACACGGCUGAAGUUAAGACACAUUUAAUCUGCAUGUCUGAAUUCAUGCCUGUGUGUAUUUAUACCAGAGUGUGCGCAUGUUCUGUGUGUGUCUCUGUGUGUGUGAGUGAGUGAGUGAGUGAGCCCAGAGGACUGUGUGAUGAUGUAAUGAGAAACUGAGCGGAGAAAACUGCGGAUUCCCCUAACUGCCACACACACACACACACACACACACACACACACACACACACGCAUCCUUGUCUUUGUGCUAUGGUCAGGACACAUGAGCAGACCAUGCAUUGUGGGAACCAACCUUUCUGAAGGUUGUACAGCACUGAGAAAAAUCAGGCAGUAUCCUGACAUGUAGGUUAACAGAGAAAUCACUUCAAAUUACCAAUUAGACAAAGUAGAGGUCCCUGACCAGACUAGGCACAGACAUCUGGGAACCUGUCUGGUAUUUGGCCACAUCUGGGGUCAGUAUCUACACACUGCCCGGUUUUUCUCUCCUCCUGGGUACCACUUACACAAACAUCAGAUCAAACAGACUUUGUGGGACCACUCCACACUUGUCAGUGCAGGACAGUGAUGAGAACCAAUCUCGACAAUCUUCGACAAGUACAUUUCUUAUCAGUAUCACCAGCUUAUAUUCAAGGUAUUAUAAGUGCAUCAGUCUCUAGAUCUACUCUCAAACCUGACCUGAUAUACCUUCAAUGUUCACAGGAUGUGUCUUUCUUAGAAGUGCACCAUCUGAUGUUUUCUUCAGCCAGAAAGUUCUCCCCUUUCUCUUGUCUGAACUCUAAUUUUUAACACAGCACAGAUGGGCUGAUUUUAUAGUUUUGAUAAGGAUGAUGUUUUGUGUUUUAGGGUAAAUUGUACAAAUAAUUAAAUUGAAUAGUGACAGAAGUCAACAGCUGUCUUGUGUCUUAUGUGUUAAUAUGCAUGUGGCUACAUAAGAAAGAUAUAUCUAUGUAAAGGAUUUUUUAUACUGUUCACAUGAUUAGACCUGAAACAGUGGAUGAAUUUAAAAGCUGAAAGUUUUUAUUCAAAUUUUUUUGAAGAUGCUGGAUAAACAAAAUUUGUUCAACUAAGGAACCACAAACUAACAUUCUUUCAAAAACAAAAGAAAACACCCUCCUCUUUUAAAACUGGUACAGUGUGUCUGUGCAGUUAUUGGCAGCUUAUAACAAAAAUAAAUCGAGUCAAAACUCUUCAUUAAACUCCCUUUACAGGUAGACAAAUCUGUUACUGUAUGACACAGCUCUGAAGCCCAACCUACAGUAACUCUAAGCAUCCAAAUAUAAAUUAAAAUAAGGAGGUAGAUUGCUGAAUUGAGAAAUGAUGGAUAUGAUACGACCACUAAGGAAACACUAACAAGUUAAUGGUAUAAACCAGAGAACAUGCUUUAUCUUAAGGACAGUAAAAGUGAUGCAACCCUCCUACAGCUGUCAACAGACAACACCUGAUCCCUCUAAACUUUCCUCUUCAGAGCUGUGAUUCGGUUUUUGAUAUAGAAUUUAAUAGCCAACCAAUUCCUGUUUUUGAGCGCUUCUUUCUCUUGUUCAAUGCACUUAUCGCAGUCGAGUUUCCCUGGAACACGGCAUGUGGUGAUGAAGGACAUCAUGUGUUUCUCAACGGCCAGGAUCUCCUCUCUUUCCCAAGGCCUCUUUUUAACAGGCUGCCGAGCUGUAAAUAAACAAAAACAUAAUCAAUUCUGUUUUUUAACCAUGGAGUGAUUUAGAAGCAAUUUAAGUAACAUAGGUGAAUGAGAACUCAGAAACUUCCCCCUCCCCAAAAAAAAUCUUAAUCACAAAUGUGUGUCUGCAAUCCACAUUUCAGCACAUGCCAAGAAAACACAUUUACAACCACACCAUAAACUAAUCUGAUUUCAGACCGGUCUCAGAGAACUUGCCUCUUUCCGUUUUUGGUGACCCCUGUUGUUUGGUGUUUUGAGGUGCGGUGGUGCUCUGCUGUGGUGAUGCAUCAUCAUGGUUCACAUCAGAUGGUGCAUCCUCUUCCCUCUGACUAGAUGUUAACUUACUCCCUACAACAGAGCAGAAGAAUAUAGACUGUAUCCACCACAGCUCACUAGCUCGUUUGUGCAAUAGGUGAAAAACCAGUUGGAUAUUGUGACUGUGGUCAUGCUCUAACUGAUUGUGAAGCACACGUGACACCAGCCAUUCAACCCCUUUAUGUUAAAGUUUUUUGAUCUAAUAUUUGUAACCAAGAAUCUCCUAAAGUUGAUCAAGUUUCUCAUGUUAAAAAGGAUAAGUAUAUAUGUUGAUACAUUAAAAAUUUGUAUACAGGAUGAUGAAAAUUGUUUCCUUAAAUAUUUUUUCUAGUAAAAUUUAGUUUAGUAAGUUCCUAAUGACAUGUUAAAAUACAUUAUUUACAUUAUUUAGGGGGGUAUUUGUCAACUUACCUGCUAAAUUGAAAGAUUUGGGAUUAUCUGGUUAACAGGAAAUGCUUUUCUUUUGAAGGACCUCUAAACUGAAUUCACAGGAAGUAAGGCACUUCUUGUCACUUGAUGUUAUGAAGUCAAGUGUAAAACUGAGUUAUAAUUACUUUCAUCCAUUAACUUUAAAAUGUUAGCAUAAAGGUUGACUUUAUACAUGUUGGUCAUAAUUUGAAGCUCUUCACUAUGAGGUACAGGUUAACAAACCCCACAGACAUAUUGGAAGUCUAAUGACUACAGACUGUAGCAUAACAGUGCUCUCCCCAACUCACAAACAUUUCAAGAUCUCUGCUGACUGACUGCAGUAUUGAUCCUCCAUGCUGAUAAGAAGGGUUAAACUAUAAAUCUAAAUACUUGUAAAAUACAUGUGCAAAAUUAUUCUCUGUAACUCUUAUCUGAAAUUAGAUCAUAAACUAUUUCAAUUCACAUAAACUGAAAAAAAUAUUAACUCAAUAACUCUUAACGAGCUCUUUGACACAGCGAUAUAGUGCUGAGUAGUGUUGUAGUUUCAAGCCUGUGACAUAAAUACAGUUGAUGGAGUUGAUAAAUACUUAGUAUUGUUUUUCUGUGCCAUUAAGCACAUUUUGAGGUGAUAUUGCAAUUAAGUAAAUCACCAAACCUAACUUGAUCCCUUUUUUUUGAACGUGAACAAAUGCUGUUGUAAGGUGAAUCACAGGCCUCAAAAACUACAAUUGACUGAAAACCAUUAACAAGUACUGCUCCAAGAUGGCGGUGGUCUUGGAGCAUCCUGGGGUUGUGUGGCAUCUUGUGAUUAUGAUAUCUGUGGAUACACCACCCUGGUUAUAUCCUAACCUAAAAGAGGUAAAUCAACCUACCCUAUUGCCCCCCAACACCUCUAACACCAUGCUUGUGCUUGACAUGCAAGUGCUUAUAACAGCAAUCUAAAAGCUCAAACUAAACUUGGUGCAGGGAUUAAAAUGAAGCCGUUACAGACAUUACAUAGUCACCUCUCUGAUGUUGCAAAUGAACAUCAAGACCGAUGAGCUUUAAAGUUAACAAAAACAUUUUAUGACCAGUUGUUGACAGACAAAAGCAGGCUCCAAAUGGAUUCUGUAAACUGAUAUUGCACAUGGAUGUCUACAAAUAUGCAGCAGUGGUCACAUAUAAAAUUGUAUGUAAAUACCAACCUUCAGAGCCCGACUCGCAUGCCUCGUCAGGAUCGCUGUCAGGGUGCACAUUCUCUGUAUAGGGGUGAGGGGGAAUGAGUGUUAUUCAAGAUCAUUUGUUUCUGACAUGGUGAAAAAUUCCCAGAAAACAUAAUUACAAAAAGUGCAUUUCCUUCAAAAGGAGACAAGAGAGAUAGAUAAAUAGUACCCUCCGGGUCAAUGUUGAUGUCAUCCAAGGUCUUUCCCUUGAAUUCUCCCAGGCGUCCUUUCUCCAGAGCCAAUAGAACUUUGCUUAUUUUAGCAAGCUGGAGGGUGCCCUCAGGAAGCCUAUAGAACUGCCUAUGUACUCGUAUGUCAUGGCCGAGAAAAUCAGCCAACUGGUCCAACUCUGUGUUGCUGAGGUUGAGAACUUGUGAAAGAGUUCCUGUUUGUUUGCGAAGCUUUGUGGAGGUGAGACUUUCGGGACUUUUUGCACCACAGAUCUUUGCAAAAUGUCGAAGGCAGUCAGAACCACGGAGGCAUGUAAAGGCAGAUGGUCUAGCAAAAAGAUACCUGUUCUCUUUAGGAACCCCACAUUCCUGCCGUUUGCUGGUAAGUAAAUCCAAUGCAUGCUGCAUUGCCGGGGUCAGAAGAACGGGAACCUUUCUUCCUCUUUUUCCCCUGAUCUCGAUCCGUCUGAAGUGUUGGCAGAGUUUCUUCUCAACAGGUGACAGGGCAUCAAUCACAUCAUCUUGAGGAUCUGAUGUACUGUUAGACAAAUAUGCUGUCAUGGGCAUUUUUGACACCUCCCCAGCUCUUCGACGAUUAAAAAGGAUGACUUGAGUCAACGUGACCUUGGUCAGCUGUGACCAUGUUUGCGGGGAUGUCUCAGUGGAUAGUUUUGAGCUGUAAUGUUGCUGUUUCUCAUCCAAAUAGGAGUGGAGAGUUUGGACAUCCUUUGUGAAAGGAAGCAGCAGAGGGGUGUUCCACCUGGCCUCCUGCAGUGUCCUCAGUGAUGCAGCCGAAACCAUUUCAUUCCAGCGAGUUUCGUACACUCUGCGAAAUGUACGUGCAUCUUUAGCAGCACUGUAAUUGUUUUGUACAUUUGCACGACUUUCUACAAGCAUUGAUACCUUUGUCAGGCUAUGUCCAAUUUUGAGGGCCAGACUUGGACACUUGUAAGUGUUGGUUGCACUAUCAAAACCUGCCACCUCUUUUACAGCCUGAAUAACUUGCAUGAAGUUGGAUGGUCUGAUGUGGUCUCGAAUGGUCUUCAUGGAAGUGGUUUUUCUGGAGCACAGCAGAAGUCUUCCAAGCUCUCUUAACUUCUGGCGGAUAUAUUCAUGUUUUCCAGGAUCAUGUCCCAGUCUGUUGUAUAGAUGGUCCCCGUACUCCAGAAUACAGGCAUCAGAUUUAACUGCUGAAAAAACCUCAUCUUGGAGCAUGUUGUUUAAGAGUUUCCACAAGUCCUGUUUGACGCCAGGUGGAGGAGGUGUAGUAAAUGCACAAAGGGCCUGGACACGGGUUUUACCUGGUUUGUGUGGUACAGAAGGCCUAAGCUUGCAAAUUUGCAUGUGCCGCCAAAGCAGCUUUCUGGCAAAAAAGCCUUGACAAUAUGCACAGUGUAGGAAAUCCUGUGCACUGGAAUCCUGCCUCGGCUGCUUGCGGGGAACAAGGUUACCGACCCCAGAGUGUAGUACCUCUACAUUGUGUGAAAAGUUGCCCCUGUUUCUCAAAAGUUCCAGAUGCAUUCGUCUUUCUUUGGAGCCUUUUUUGAAGGCAAAAGCCUGUGCAACCUCUGACUUAUCUAUAUGUGCUCGCUCUAAAUGUCUUGCAAUUUUUAUAACACCCAAUUUGCAGUACAAACAGUACUGCUUCUUGUUAUAAAGUCUUGACCCAUUCUCUUUUUUGCAGACAGCGGGUAUGGAAAGUGGACCACCAGACUCAUUAUCAUUUGUAAGAAUGGAAGAGGAACUGUCAGGAAGACAUUCGUCCUGGUCCUGGUCUAAAUUCACCACUGAGUUUUGGGAGAGGGCAUCAGCGUCUGCUACAAAACUCUGGUUAGAUGAGUCAGCAUGGCUGACUAGUGUUGAAUGAUGAACCACACUUCUGUAGCAUUGCCUUUUAUGCAUCAGACCAGAGCUACUUCUCCUAACAGGUGAACGCCCUCUUGUAACAACCUGCUGUGAAGAGGCUUCAGAUCUUUGGGUUAAGGGAGGAAAAUCUUUGAUGACAUCUUUUAUCUUGAAGAGAGGGUCCUCAACUUCCAGGACUUCACUUCUGCCGGAAUCAUCAGAGUCCUCACUUGUCUUAGGAAUGUAUUCCUCUUCACUGUCAGCUGAGGUGGUGUCAUAAAGCUCUUCUGAAUCAAAGUGAAUCUGGUUUUUCAUCUAAAGAAAGCAAUAAAAAUAUGAUAGACAGUAGGCACAAGACCAAUGAAAUGUCUGCAAUUGACUUUUAAUACAUUCACUGCACUGUGUGUGUGUGUUGUUUACCAGUAUACUUUUGGUCCUCCUGAGCCUGGGGACAGAAAUAUGGUCCUGCUCUGAGAGGCAAUGUUCAGAUUCAGGAUUUGAGGAUGGACUCUGGGGUUCAUCAGAAUCUGUGUAGUUUACUAGAGGAAGAUUCAGCCCAUAUUUUUUCACUGAGGGAAGAGGACAAGCUGCAUCUGAGUCCUAGAGAAAAUAAAGACAAAAUGAAAUAAUGAAGCAUCUCAUCAAGGUACGAAAAAAAGGCCUAUACUCAAAGCUAAUUAAGACCAGAUGGUAGCCCUUUUUACUGAAAUGUAUGCAUUGGUGAGGAAAACUGCCGCUUUAACACCUCAAGACCAGACAGGAUGGUCAGCUGGAAUAAAUACCUUUAUCUCUCUGAGUGUAGAUCCCUCAGGAGGCUCCUCUGCGGUACUGGAGAUCUCAGCCUCAGAUGUUUCAGCCACAGUAGGUGGUUCCAUGUCCUAAACAACAAGUUUGAGAUGAAUAGUAAAUAAACUAACUUAUUAUUGAUCAAAUUUCUGUACAUUAAAGGCUUCUAGCACAUCAAAUAUACAUAACAGUCUAUUAACCUGAUGAAUCCACUCACUGCAGCUCAUGCUAAAUCACCUCAUCUAAACAAAUCCAUUUGUACUUACUAGUGGUGCAACAGAUCAUCAUUGAUCCAUGAUCCGUUCGGAUUGACGUCAUUGGUUUGGCACAAAUGUGACCCGCGGAUUUAUUUCUGAAAAAAAAAAAGUUGUGCUCCGUCCACACACAGCUUAUUGUAAGCGAAGAAAGGAGGAGGGCAGACAUGGCGAGUUGAGGAAAGGAGGAGCUUGAACGCCCCGCGACACUUACAUCCCUUGUAUGGGAGCAUUUUGGCAUCCCUGUCAACUAUGAUGAAGAAGGAAAGAGGUCAGUGGACAAAACUGCGACGGUGUGUAGGCACUGUGGCAUAAGAAAGCGAAAUGACAGUGGGAACACAUCGAGCAUGUUCACGCAUUUGAAGCGACAUCACCCGGGUGUUUUACUGACUGGCGAUAAAACGAAAGCUGGCCAACAACUUCACCACAGCAUUUAAGCAGCCUCUUCCUUGUGCAAUCCGACAGGGCUAAAGCUAUCACAAACGCUAUCGGUGUGUUUAUAGCUACAGACAUGAGGCCAUAUUCAGUUGUGCAAAACAUGUUAAAAACAUGCUGAAAGUCCUUGAGCCACGUUAAGACAUCCCGUCGCUCACAUACUUCAUUUUUGGUUCAUUGUUACAUUUUAAAGGAAGGAGAUAUGCCUAUAUAUUGCACUUCAAGUUGUUUUUCAUUAAUAAUUAUGCUAGAAAGAAGAUAUUAUGCCUUGUGCACUACUUUUAUAUAUUUAAUUUAAUCAUUUAAGUGUUUAAUAAACAGACAAAACUUGUGUUUGUCUUGUUUUUUUUUUUUGUUGCUUUUUGCUGAUCCAAAAAAUGAUCUGAUCCACGACUCUUGAUCCGAGGAACGAUCCAAUCCGUGAGUUUUGUGAUCCGUUGCACCACUAGUACUUACUGCUAUUUUUUGUCAACUGAUGUCUUCUUUAAACCACAGAGUGAAUGAUGGAGAAUAGAAAGGACUGGAAGAGACUUAAGUCUCCUUGUCAAACAGCUGGAGUGACCGGUGGGUUCUAAGAUCAUCACAUAGUGAACAGAUAACCUGCAUAUAAUGUUUAUUUCACACAAUAAGAAAAAAAAACCUUUUUUAUCUCUCAUUAAUGUCAACAUUGUAUCUGACUUUACGUGGACCCCACAAACACUGUAAACCUGACAAGUGUGUUUGUCAGACAUCUUAAAUACCAACCUGACUGGACUCCACAACUCAAAAUCAACCCAAGGGAGCCUUAAAGCAGACACACAGCUUAACUGACCAUCAAAAUAAAAAAAAUCAGAUACAUUAUAAGGACCUGACCAAUCAGCAGAGUUUUUAAAACUGCAGCUUUAAAACCUAAAAAUCAGACAGAAUGAUCAGGUGGACUAACACCUCUAUCUCUGUGAGUUUGGAUCCCUCAGGAGGCUCCUCUGCGGUCCUGGGGAUCUCAGCCUCAGAUGUUUCAGCCACAGUAGGUUGUUCCACGUCCUAAACAAAAAGUUUGAGAUGAAUAGUAAAUUAACCAACUCAUAAUUGAUCUAAAUUCUACACUUUUAAAGCCACUGGCACAUAAAUAUACAUUACCUUCAUAAACCCGAUGAAUACACUCACUGUCGCUCGCAUGCUAAAUGAGUUCAUCUGGACACAUAUUUUCUGUACUGACUGCUAUUUUUGUACACCUGGUGUCUUCUUUUAAACAUUUACUGGACCAUGGUGAACAGAGAGGACUGGCAAAGACUCAAGUCUCCCAGUCAAACAGCUGGAGUGACCGGUAGGUUCUUAGAUCAUUACACAGUGAGGAACACAUCAACUGCAAAGGAUGUAUUUUUUUCAUGUGAUAUUUAAUCUCCCAUUAAUGUCAACAGUGUAUCUGACUUUACGUGGACCCCACAAACACUGUAAACCUGACAAGUGUGUUUGUUAGACAUCUUAAAUACCAACCUGACUGGACCCCUUAACACAAAAUCAACCCGAGGGAGCCUUAAAGCAGACACACAGCUUAACUGACCAUCAAAAUAAAAAAAUCAGAUACAUUUAAAGGACCUGACCAAUCAGCAGAGUUUUUACAACUGCAGAUUUAACACUAAAGAGCAGACAGGAUGAUCAGCUGGAAUAAUUACCUCUAUCUCUCUGAGUGUAGAUCCCUCAGGAGGCUCCUCUGCGGUACUGGAGAUCUCAGCCUCAGAUGUUUCAGCCACAUUAGGUGGUUCCAUGUCCUAAACAACAAGUUUGAGAUGAAUAGUAAAUUAACCAACUAUUUAUUGAUCUAAUUUCUGCACAUUUAAAGCCACUGGCACCUCAAAUAUACAUAACAGUCUAUUAACCUGAUGAAUCCACUCACUGCAGCUCAUGCUAAAUCACCUCAUCUAAACAAAUCCAUUUGUACUUACUGCUAUUUUUUGUCAACUGAUGUCUUCUUAAAAACAUAAAGUGAUUAUAGAGAAUAGAAAGGACUUGAAGAGACUUAGGUCUCCUAGUCAAACAGCUGGAGUGGCAGCUAAGGUCUUAGAUCAUUACACAGUGAGGAACACAUCAACUGCAAAGGAUGUAUUUUUUUUCAUAUGAUAUUUAAUCUCUCAUUAAUGUCAACAGUGUAUCUGACUUUACGUGGACCCCACAAACACUGUAAACCUGACAAGUGUGUUUGUCAGACAUCUUAAAUACCAACCUGACUGGACCCCACAACUCAAAAUCAACCCAAGGGAGCCUUAAAGCAGACACACAGCUUAACUGACCAUCAAAAUAAAAAAAUCAGAUACAUUUAAAGGACCUGACCAAUCAGCAGAGUUUUUACAACUGCAGAUUUAACACUAAAGAGCAGACAGAAUGAUCAGCUGGAAUAAAUACCUCUAUCUCUGUGAGUGUAGAUCCCUCAGGAGGCUCCUCUGCGGUACUGGAGAUCUCAGCCUCAGAUGUUUCAGCCACAGUAGGUGGUUCCAUGUCCUAAACAACAAGUUUGAGAUGAAUAGUAAAUAAACAAACUAUUGUUCUGAUUUCUUCACAAUUAAAGAUACAGGCAACUUUAAAUACAUUAUGAUUCUUAAACCUGAUGAAUCCACUCGCUGUAGCUCUCAUGCUAAAUCCCAUAAUCUAAACAAAAUCAUCUGUACCUACUACUAUUACUGUCGCUUGGUGUCUUCUUUUAACCAAAAUGUGGAUCAUGGAGCCCAGAAAGGACUGGCAGAGACUUCAGUCUCCUAGUCAAACAGCUGGAGUGACCGGUAGGGUCUUAGAUCAUUACACAGUGAGGAACACAUCAACUGCAAAGGAUGUAUUUUUUUCAUUUGAUAUUUAAUCUCCCAUUAAUGUCAACAGUGUAUCUGACUUUACGUGGACCCCACAAACACUGUAAACCUGACAAGUGUGUUUGUCAGACAUCUUAAAUACCAACCUGACUGGACCCCACAACUCAAAAUCAACCCAAGGGAGCCUUAAAGCAGACACACAGCUUAACUGACCAUCAAAAUAAAAAAAUCAGAUACAUUAUAAGGACCUGACCAAUCAGCAGAGUUUUUACAACUGCAGCUUUAACACCUCAAGACCAGACAAGAUGAUCAGCUAGAAUAAAUACCUCUAUCUCUCUGAGUGUAGAUCCCUCAGGAGGCUCCUCUGUGGUCCUGGAGAUCUCAGCCUCAGAUGUUUCAGCCACAGCUGAUUGUCUGCCCUUCUAAGAUUAGGAUGAAUGACAAGUGUGUUUGUUAGAUUGCUAAAAUCACAACCUAACUGGAGCCCAUUACAUCAGAACAACUUGAGUAAGCUCUGAAAAUGUACUUCAAUUUUUGUCAGUAACAAAGACUUUGACAAACCUUUUUCCUCCUAGGCCAGUCAUCCUGUUUUUGGACUUUUCUGCUUCUCAGCGUAUACAUCCUAUAAAGGAAAAUUUAUGGUUUCAAGUUUUGAUUUUUUUUUAUCUCUAUGGACAAACAUGCCAGGCCCAGUGCAUGUCUGCAGUGUCAUAUAACUACUCAAUAAUGUCUAAUGUUACUAAAAUUACAUUCAUUGUAAACUUUAACAACCAUGUGACAAACCAGUGAGUAGUGACCAUGUUGUCUGACACAAAAUGAUGAACUUGCUCCUGCUGCUUCACUGUGAACGGUCUGUCAUUUACUUCAAUUAAAAGCGCACGUGCCUAAGAUGGCGGCUUUGCUCUCACUCCCCCCCACCCUACCCCACCCACCCAACAUAACGCACAUUUCCCCAAAUAUGACCGUGUUGUAAAAGAAUAAGAUUCAGAUAAAAAUUAAACAAAAUCAAGUCACAUUUUCGGUGUUUUUUAUAGUUAAAAACUUUGACAAAAAGUUACAAGAGAACACAAUGCGACCGUGAGACCGCUAGUUCUGCCUAACGAACUUUGCUAGCAGCUAGCUUCCUGUGUGCAUGCCACAUAAUACCAUGUGUGAAAACAUCGGGUAACUUUUUGACUAUAAAGUAAUCACUUACCUAAUUAUUUUAUCAGAAUCCCACUUACCUUUCAGUUAAAUCCUCUCCUGCUGCAGCUCAAGUCUCCCCUGCAGUCAAGUGCUUCUCACUCAUCUCUGUACCGUCAGCUGAGGAGCGCUUACUCUGUAUAGUCAGCACGUCCUGAACGGGUGGUGCUGCUUUAACCAUAGAUUCCUAUAUCCGCCCGCCAGGCAUGUCAAUAUAAAAAUUUAAAGCAGCCCACUCCUCUUUGUUAGAGUAAUAGUGUGUGUGUUUAUCAGUUACCAGUUUCAAUAAAUGUAUUUAUUUACUAAUUUAAAUACACUUUUUGUAGUCAAGUGCUUAUCUCUUCUCCAAACUAUCAGCUAAGGAGCGCUUACUUUGCAAAACUGUUACAUCCUGUGCGGGUGGUGCUGCUUUAAUCACAGAAUUUGUGUGUCCGCCCGCCAGACAUUUGUUAUUAAGGCAGCCCGCUUCUUUUGUUAUUGUAGAAGUGUGUGUUUAUCAGUUUCAAUUUCAGUAAAUAGGAACUUAUUUAUUUAAAAGGAUGAUUUCAUGUUUCUGACAAUUAAUCACUUUGUCUUGCCCAGCCUGCCUGUACUAUCUCAAACAACAAUAAUCACGGUAAUAAUAAUAAUAAUAACAUUCUUACUGCAAGAAUCCCAAUUCUUCUACUGUUACCACUACUACUUCUAUUAUCAUUUUAUUAGUAUUAUUAUUGCAGUACAUUUUACUUGUGUUACUUUAAAAAAAUACCGAAAGAUAAGUGUCACAAAAACUCAUGUUAUAAACGAAGAAAAAAAAACAAAGCUUGGAUAAAAUGGCAUCAUCAGUGAUUCCAGAGAUGUGUUUUAGAGGAGAAUUGGAUUUUGGCAGAUCAGUUUUCUGUUGGAGGUUGAGGCUCUCACACUCUCUUUCACCACUGGUCCUGCAGACAGGUCAGAAAGGAGUGUGAGAGUUGAGCAGGUCAGUAAAACAGGAUUAGGACCUUAUCAGUAAGAUAGGGUCCUGAUCAUGGAGAGCUUUGUGAGUGAAGAGAGGGACUGUACAGUGAGAAAGUCUUUGGAUUGGAGACUAGUGGAGGUUCUGGAGUAACAGGGAGAUUUGCUAACAGAAGUAAGAGUGUGUGAGAAGGUGAGCAGCAGAGUUCUGGAUAUACCAGGGUUUAUUGAGGACUUUGGGUAAUGAACUGUUCAAGAUGCUUUAGUACGCAAUUCUGGAUGAUAUGACAGCAUUAUUAGGGGAUAAUGCAGAUGAGAGAGAGGCUGAAAGAGCUGAGACAGGGAUGAACUUGAGGUUCCUGAAUGCUGAUUUCUCUUUUUGACCAUGAAAGCUGAUGUGGAUAUUCAGUAUUGUUGCUAGAUGGUGGUCACGAAUAUGGAGAUUGUGGCUCAAGACUUGCUUAAUGGUGAGACCAGAGCAAACCAGCAGAAUGUGCUCACAACUGCGGGUGUGGAAGUUGAUAUUUUGUGUUAAGUUAAAUAACUGCAUUAACCAGUAAGGUAGAGCUUUAAAGUUUGAAAGAAAAUGGUAUGAAGGUUUGUGUUGCAGGAGUUUGAGAGGAGAUAAAGUUUGUUAUCGGUGAUGAAUUUAUUCAGGGAGGGAAAGAUUCCAUUGAAAAAUGAGUGUUAACUUACACCAGUUGCUUUGGAAUUUGCUCAGAAGACUGGAGAAGAGAGCAGAGAUUUGACAGGUCUACAUGCUGUUCUUUGUUGUUAUGAUGCAAUGAGGCAGUGUGGCAAGACCAUAGUGAAGGGUUAAAAUUUGUGGAUGAGAAGUGGUGUAUGUAUGAAAAAUAUGUGCAGAGCCUCUGCACAACAUUAUCUGUGGACUGUAUCAGCCUUUCUCAGACUGUCAACACAGCCUUGGCAGAGGUGGUUAAUGAACAGAUGCAGUGCUAAGGAGUAAUACAGUGAGGGGAAGCUAGUUUAUAGCUAGUAUUGGCAGUGGACCAGAGGCUAGGUGUCCUAAGAGGGAGAAGUAACAAGCAGCCCAGGAACAUCUGCAGGUUACAUCCAAUCAUGACGGCAGCAAAAACACUACAGUUGUGUACUGAGGAGAGGAGAGGAUAGCCAGGAGCAGCAGUCUGUUGUUCCUGCUAUCUUCUGUGGCAGCUAACAUUAGCCGACACUUUGGCUACCUGGCUAUGUACACUGCUAACUUUUUUACAGAUUGUUCACCCAGCAGCAAAAACACUACAAUGUGUGUUGAGGAGAGGAUAGCCAGGAGCAGCAGACUGUUGUUUCUACUACCUUCUGUAGCAGCUUACAUUAGCUGACAAGUCAGCUACCUGGCUAUGUACACUGCUAACUAUUUAAAAGAUUGUUCACCCAGCAGCAAAUCACUACAGUUGUUGUGUACUGAGGAGAGGAAAUGAUAGCCAGGAGCAGCAGCCUUUUGUUCCUGCUACCUUCUGUAGCAGCUAACAUUAGCUGACACUUUGGCUACCUGCUUAUUAACACUGCUAACUUUUUUACAGAUUGUUCACCCAGCAGCAAAAACCCUACAAUGUGUGUUGAGGAGAGGGAGGAUAGCCAGAAGCAGCAGCCUUAUGUUCCUGCUACCUUCUGUAGCAGCUAACAUUAGCUGACAAGUCAGCUACCUGGCUAUGUACACUGCUAACAGUUUUACAGAUUGUUCACCCAACAGCAAAAGUACUACAGUUGUGUGUUGAGGAGAGGAGAGGAUAGCCAGGAGCCGCAGACUGUUGUUUCUACUACCUUCUGUAGCAGCUUACAUUAGCUGACAAGUCAGCUACCUGGCAAUGUACACUGCUAACUGUUUUACAGAUUGUUCACCCAGCAGCAAAUCACUACAGUUGUUGUGUACUGAGGAGAGGAAAUGAUAGCCAGGAGCAGCAGCCUUUUGUUCCUGCUAUCUUCUGUGGCAGCUAACAUUAGCCGACACUUUGGCUACCUGCUUAUGGACACUGCUAACUUUUUUACAGAUUGUUCACCCAGCAGCAAAAACACUACAAUGUGUGUUGAGGAGAGGAGAGGAUAGCCAGGAGCAGCAGACUGUUGUUUCUGCUACCUUCUGUAGCAGCUAACAUUAGCUGACAAGUCAGCUACCUGGCUAUGUACACUGCUAACAGUUUUACAGAUUGUUCACCCAACAGCAAAAGUACUACAGUUGUGUGUUGAGGAGAGGAGAGGAUAGCCAGGAGCAGCAGACUGUUGUUCCUGCUUCAUUGUGAAGUAGCUAACAUUAGCUGACAAGUCAGCUACCUGGCUAUGUACACUGCUAACAGUUUUACAGAUUGUUCACUCAACAUCAAAAACACUACAGUUGUGUGUUGAGGAGAGGAAAGGAUAGCCAGGACCAGCAGCCUGUUGUUCCUGCUGCAUUCUGAAGCAGCUUACAUUAGCUGACAAGUCAGCUACCUGGCUAUGUACACUGCUUACUGUUCUACAGAUUGUUCACCCAGCAGCAAAAACACUACAAUUAUGUGUUUAGGAGAGGAGAGGAUAGCAAGAAGCAACAGCCUGUUGUUCCUGCUACAUUCUGAAGCAGCUAACAUUAGCUGACAAGUCAGCUAUCUGGCUAUUUACACUGCUAGCUUUUUUACAGAUUGUUUUGCAUUACAAAUAUCUGAUGAAUAUAAAAAAAUCAGGUCUUUAUUUACAAUGUACCAAUAUAAUUUAUUCAGUAUUAGUCUAUUGUAAUGCCAUAAAUUACAUUUCUAAAAGUCAUUCUCAGUACAAAAUCAUGUUAUUGAGCAAAUGUUUCUAAGAGUCAAAGAGCUGUAAGUUUUUAACUCAUGAUGUGCGAGAGCAUUAACAUCAGUUUACCAGACCAACCAAAUCUCUUUAUAUGUGUAAAUGUCCAUCUCAGAUAUGGGUUUGUCUCACCUUUUUUUAUUACUUGUUUUGGUAAGUCUGAAUAUAUGGCUAUCCCCCUAGACAAAGUGGCAGCUGCCAAACUCAUGACACCAAUAGGUGAGACAGAGGCUAAACAACAUUAACUGUUUAAAUCUAAAACCAGACUUUAAGUUAAGGCGAGGUAAUACAAAAUCUUUAUUAAAUUUGUCAUACAUUUGCAGUUCAAUUUUGUCUGAUCACAAAAAUAGCAUCAUGAAAAAUUGUGGUUUAACUUUACAUUUCAAAUAACUGGUCAAUAUAAAAAAUCUAAAUUAAUUCAUAAUCAAAACUAAUGCAGAAUAUUUUACAUAUGGUUGUCUUCUGAUGUGAUUGACUUUAUUGUUACAGCCUCUUCUUUUAAAUGCUCCAAAGUGUUUUUUACCAUAUUCACCAUAUUCUGGUGGAUGACUUCAGAAAAGCAGUAGCCACAAGAAGGCUUGUGCUCACAAAUCACUUAAUAUUAGGUGCCAGGGACUAAUGUUUUGAGAAAUCCCUUGGAGCAUUUCUAUAAUCUAAAGGUUCACAUUCACAAGCUAUAUAUAACCAUGAUGCUUCAAACCUGGACAACUAACUUUUGACGCUAAAUCAAAUCAGUUUACCAUUGAUUCAAAAAGGCUACCUUGGGAAAUAAAUAAAUAAAUAAAUAAGCAAGAUCUAAAAGCAUUUUUUCAGUUUUUAUCAUUAUGUUGCUGACUUCUUUGUCAUAAAUCUGUUAGUCACGAGCAACAGAUGAAUAUGGCUCUACCUUACCUUGUCCCAUGAUCUAUAACUUAAAACUUCUACUAUAUCCUUUCAUUCAAGUGGAAUGAAUAGUCAUCUUAAGUUAAAGAAGCUAGCUUAAUCUCAGAGGGCUGUUGCAUAGCAUAUUUCAAUCAAGUGUGUGUACAAGUGUGUAUGGCUGCAGUAUCACUUUUCACCACUAGGGGCCAGUACUGAGUUACCUCCCACAUACACACUUUAGCACACAAAUGUCGGUAAAUGUGUAUUCUGGGGUGAACCCUGAAAAUUUGACAGGGCACUAUUUUAACCAUUUUAUCACUGAAUAAUAGGUUACUUUUUGUGGGGUCCAGGAUUUUGGUCCCCACUUUAUUUUCAGUCCCCACGCUGUGAGUGGGCUAUCACAUCUCGGUACCAACAAUGUAUUAAAGACAAACACACACACACACACACACACACACACACACACACACACACACACACAGACUUACACACAGUACUGUGUUCAUGCUCACACUGAGGUUGUUGCAGUAAGAGUGAAUGAAGCGUAUAGGAAAGUCCCUCCAGUCAAACACACAGUUUUCUCUACAUUGGAUUUACUGCAACAAAUUAUGGACUCUCCUGUGCGCUUUGGCCUUCAGCCACCACCCACCCACCUCACACACACAUCCCCACUCACAAACCAGCACACACUUGUACCUCUCACAUUCACCCCCUGCUUUAUCUCAGGGUGUGUUUCUCCCCGGCACUGUAAGUCUGAAUGACAGCAGUGUCAGCUUUAUGGUUGCACUGUUUCUGCUCAAAGUGUGUGUGUGUGUGUGUGUGUGUGUGUGUGUGUGUGUGUGUGUGUGUUGUGUGUGUGUGUGUGUGUGUGUGUGUGUGUGUGUGUGUGUUCGACUGUUACUGGGAUUACCUCACCUAUCUGCUGAAUGACAGACUGUGGAGAGAGUCCAGGUGGAUGGGAGGUUUGCUGAGCAGAUACAGGAAGGUGAAGGACAAAAGGAGGGAGAGAACAGAGAGUGGAGAGGAAGAGUGUUUCUUCUGAGAGAGAUACAAGAGGAAGAUUUAAACUGGAGCUUAUAACGGGGGAGUUAAAGAGAAAGAGAUGAGAAUAUGAUGAUAAUCUUUCUCUGUCUGUCCUCUUGUGAUUAUCUCAGGAGCAAAAGAUGUCACCAAAUCGAGGAAGUGUGCUCUUUAGGUUACAAAUAAACUGAUGAAGGUAGAGAAAGAGGAGGAUAGAAGAUAUAUACUUUUGUGUCGUCUUCUUUCCAGCUGAGAGAGUGACAUUUUAUUUAUGAAGUCAAUAAAAUGUCCCAAUGGGAAACAUAGACACACAAACACACACUGAUACACCCACAUGGUGGGUUUACGGCAGCGUGCCAGGAAGACUUUUCAUCAGCCGUCGCCCAGUCAUAGUAAUGAUGUCAUCCUCUCGCUCUUUUUCUUCCCCUCACCAGCUUUUACACACACAAGGACACACACACACACAUAUUAAAUGCAUUACACAUAUUAGCGCAGAAGAUUAACAACAUCUUCAGUGAAAAGUUUCAUAAGGCCAUUUUUGAAAUUGAAGUCACGCACGGUGAAAGUGAGAUCAGACGAAGAAUCAGUGGUUGUUGGCGUAUAUAUCAGCAUAAAUUUAUGUCUGUACAUUUUUAUGUAGCCUCCUACCUGACUGAUUAUCACAGCCGGUAUAUGAACCUAUAGCAGUGGUUUAUUAUCACACUCAGCCCUUGUAAAGCGAGUGAGAGAGAGAGAGAGAGAGAGAGCGAGAGCAUUCAUGUCAUCUGAAACUUUAAACUCAAACAGCUCAAUGGGAACAAUCGAUUAUUCAGAUCAGACUGUAAAUAGUUAAUUCUCCAUUGAACCCAUUUUAAAUCAUGUUUGAAAAUACAGUUUUUAAGUCCAUAUUAAAACUAUUAAGCACAGUCUAUUGAUUUGGGAAUCAAAUUAAUGCUGCGAAAUGUAAAUUUUGAUCUUGACUGUUUGAUUUAUUACACAAAUAAACACUGCAUCGCUACACCGGUGUGGUGUAAAGUCACGUCAAGGAGGUAGGAGACAGCUUCAUAGUGCUCAUUAAUGGCAAUCAAUCGACACCCAUUUAGUGUACGUGAUGUCUAGACAUUUCUCGGCACUUCACUUUACCUUUGAAACAGCCAUUUAGUUUCUAAGUGUUUUCAGCAGCAACACAUAUGUAUUUCUGUGCAGGCGUACGCCCACAUACAGCAGUGUAGGAGGUCAUAGGCGCAUGUUCAUUUUUCUAACCAGACAGCAAAAAGCGCUGGUGCACAUGGAAUAAUAACUGAUGGCUGCCUUCCAUUUAUCUGCUUCAGUUUUCGAGUCUUGCUAUUGUCUCUGCUGUCAUCAUGUCAGGGCUUACUGGGAUGUUUGAGCAGAGCCCAAAAACCCGUAAUGUCAUUAGUUACACCUGUGUUUUUCCUCCUGAUGAUGAGUCCUAUAGUGCAAAAAAGAAAGACUAUUUUCCGCUCUUUCACUUGCACGGCCUAAUGGUUCGUAAUAAACGAAUUGAGCUGAGAUAACUUUCAUUAAUUAAUUUUAUGCUUUACUUGCUUUAACAGCUUAAAAUGCCUGCCGGGAUAAAAGGUCCAAGAUAUGCACAGUGUAAGGUAUAUUAACUGUAAUUCUUUGUGCAUUUGCUGUUGUGGGUCAUUAUGCAGAAAAUACUUGAACAUUGUGAGAAUGUGCUGUUCUGUAAGUGUUGAUGAGUACCAUACCCAGCAGAAAAAGCCUGCACAUUCUCAACCUUUGUGAGUUCUUGUAUGGAAAUGUGUGUAUGUGAGGAUGCAUAGCAGUAGUCAUGAAUGUGUGUGUGUGUGUGUUUGUGCCGUUGCAUAGUCCAAGUGAAGUGUUGCAGAGUGUUACAACUUAAUGUGUCUCAGUGUGAGAGCUGGGAAGAGCCAACACUGUUAGAGAAAUAUGGCACCAAUUAAUAUAUGCCUCGUUUUGUUCAAAUUCAACAAUAACUGCACUGGGAUGCAUUUAAAGGUAGUUGGCUGAUAGGGAAAAAAGAGACCUCCAUGUUUUCCUUCCAUCACCAUGCAAGUUUUCAUCCAAAAACCCACAUCUGCUAACACCCUGUCAGUUAACAAAUUGAGCCUGGAAACAAGCUGUGUGUAAAAACAUCCUUGGAGUGCUCAUUUGACAAGUGUAUGCAGCGUGCAAUGGGCCUCACAUGAGUAAACUGAGUUGGAGGGCAGCGGUAUCGUAGAAACCUCAGCAGUGGAGGGGAAAACAGAAGGUCAAAUGAGGUAGAACGAGAUAUGCAAAGCCUGCAGGUGAAACACGAGAAAGAAUUUGAAAAAUAACAAUGAAAAGGCAGAAAGAGCGAAAGAGAGAAUUUGUGAAGAAAUAGAGACCGAGAGAGAAAACGUGGGCGUGUGAAAGAACUAAACAGUAACAGAGUUAACAAGGCGUGUAAGAAUAUUAUUUCCCCAGACCAAGCAGCCCCGGUAACAACCACAGCAAAUAAUGAGUUGGAUUUUAUCAGCCUUGCAGACGGGUGAUAAAACCAUGCAUGGCACUCAUUUUCAUGCCGCGGUGAAAGACUUCUUUUCUUAGCUGUGAGAGGAAAUACAGUAAUAUCACCUGAGAAAGAGAUGUAAGGAAAAAAUCAAACACUGUUUCUGAUGUACACGGACACUUAUUUUGAUGAUAAGGAAAAUAUCAGUAAAGAUGUUAUUGGUACGAUUCCAAGCUCGCUAUUGCGCGCUUGCCAAACGACAGUAAUAAGUAGUGUGAGAGCGUGUACACCUAUAUUUUACUGGAGACUGACUGAACUGGUUCCAAAUAAAAGAAGCGACAUGCUGCUUUGUGUGUGAACAUAAACACUGUAUACACAUGCUCACUCAUACAGCACUGGAUACGCCUCUUAGGAGUAAGUUGACGUUCAGUUUCUUACACUAGGAGACUUCAACAUGAGACCAAUACCUCCUCUUUAACUGAGACAUGACUGCUGAACUAUGGCUGCCUCAAAGUAAGCGACUAGAAAGAAGUUGAUUUGAGUGUUAAACCAAAAAAGUGUGCUAAAAGAUGCUUUGUAGUCCAGCAAGCCUUGAGGGGAAUGUGAGAUACUCUAUGUUUACGUGACACUUGAGGAAACAGAAUUAUUGCCUUACUCCGAUUAAGACCGGACAACUGAAGUGCAUGUUAACACCUUAAUCCGACUAUAAUCAGAGUUUGAGAACUCCGAUUGGAGUCGGAGAACUCUGAUUAAGACACCCAGGUAAUGUGAUUUGAAUCCGAUUUCCUCUGCUAUGUAACUAGCGUAGUCGGAGUAUGAUAGGACACGGCAUGUGCGCCCCGGUAACCCCGUAACAGAAACACCAGAGAAUAGGAGUAGCAUGCACCUCAUUCGCAGAAAAAGUAGCGCGUACAUCAUGUACGACAAAAACAACGCUGUACGAUGCUCCAUCUCCGUGCUCGAUAAUAACUCCAAGCAGUAGUUGUAGCCGUGAUGUCUGGCACGGACUUGCUGUUGUUGUUGGGUCAACCAGACACAGACCCAUAUCGCCCUCUAGUUUUGGGGAGGACACAUACACGUCAAUAAUUCAAUUUUCUCAGCUGCAUGUAUACGCAGACAAGGAGAGAAGUCAGAUUCAGCCAAAAAAAUGAAUUAUGAGUUUAGUCCGAUGAAGCUGUGCAUGUAAAUGCACUGACUGUUGAUAUCAUCUGGUUUCUGUGACUCUGGCAAUGUUAAACAUAACCCGUGAUCAGUGAUAAUAUCUUGUGAUUUACUAUCUAAAUCAUACAGUCCUUGAAAGAUGUCACCCUUGUAUUCGGAGUUUGUUGUCAUUUGUUUUUCCAAAAGCACAUAUGAAAAUGUUGUUUUCUAGGGUAACAAAUACACCCAGCUCGUUCCAGGCCUGCAGCUUCUCUCCCUACAAAUGUUUUUAAUACAGUUUGUCUAAUUUUCCCGUCUGUUUUCCUCCCUUUCACCCAGUCUCUUUCUCUCCCUUCAUCUGCCUGCCUGAGCUUCUUGUGUAUCAUCACUUUGGUUCAGAGGAGGGUAGCACAGAGCUUGUGUCCCAGCAGGGUGUACGAGAGUGUGUGUGUGUCUGUGUGAGUAUGUGUGUAGCGUUGUCUCAGGAGUGCUGCAUUAGUCUUUGAACAGCUCCGAAUGAAAGGCAAAGACAUACGCACUCAGAGCUCCUCUCUCUUUUUUUUUUAUUCCACUCCGCCUCAACUCCAUUUCUUCUUUUGUGUUUCUUUUAUUCAUUCUCUCUGUUUUUCACCACACCCUCUUCUGACUUAUUUUUUUUUACAUCUUGAGUUUUUAAAGAUUUUCUGUCUUCAUUGUGCAGCACUUUUAGGUAAUCUCACUCCCUGUGCAGACCUGUUAUUAAACACUCAGUGAUUUAAUAUGACCCAGCACCCAGACAGUAACCCUCAUUUACAUUAAAGCUGACACACUUGUGUAAAAGGCAACGAAACACCGAGUCUGUCUCCUUAAGAGGACAUUACUCUCUUACCAAAAGACACACGACUCCUGCAUUAACCUAAGACCUUCCAUUAUGAGAUGUCCAGCCUUACGAUGAGGCUGCACGGCUGCCCCAUUUAUAAAUCAGGCCACAGCCAGCAGGAGAUUUAAAACGGUUACCUCUUAGAUUUUUCAUCUUGUAGUAUGUGAUCUCAGCGGGGGGAAAGCCUUAACCUUGACAUUCAGUGUUUAACUCACUGAGCUGCAUCAUGGCCACCUGAAACAGGACACCUCAGAUGUUUCUAUCAUUUCCAAGAUUAGUUUAUAUUGCCUCCUCAUAUAUAACUAACCAACAAAUCAGGGUUAUCAUCCAUCCUCAGAGUUCUGGUUGUGUUUCCCUGUUGUACAAAGACACAGAUAAGACAGAGAAAAAAGGGUUUCUGAUGUAAUCUGUUUGGAGAGCUGACAGAAUGAGUGUGUGUUCGCGGGUUUGUUCACAGCCGUGUUUGAAAAGGCCUCCAGCUGUGGUGAGAGGUCCUGUUUUAACUGACCAUUUACAAGAAGAAAGACCUUCGGACAGGUGUUUUCUGUUUAAAUAAUUUACAGAUUUGUACUCUGAUUUAUUCUUUCCAUGUCCUUAUCAGUCGCGCUUCUUUUCAGGUGAAGUCCAGAUUCAUUCCCGCAGCUCAGGUGACAUCAGUGUAGGCCGAGCUGCGAUUGUUUUUACGGGAGGAUAGUAUUGUGUCUCCUCGGCUCGCCUCUCAAUGAGUGGCCACUUGAGACGCCUGUCUGUGCGUAUGUGUGGGAUUGGUAAACCGAUAGGGCCCAUGUGAGAGGUCGAACAGACUGUCCUCUAAAUCAGUCAAAGUUGCUGCUGCUCUCUCGAACAGUAAAUUAAAACACGCUCUCAAACUUUUCUUUUUCAGUUCAGUUUCACCAGAGCAGUCUCAUGCUCAGAAUGUACCGGAGAUAAUCUGCAGACAAGAAUUAGGGAGGCAUCAGAAAUAGAAAUCAGAGCUGUGAAAUGAAGUUACAGUUUGUUCCAAAGCGAUAUAGACUCCCACCACUGAUAAUACCUUUUUAAUAUGUAACAACAGAACCCAGAGCAUGACCUCCUCCUACAGAUGGAUCACCAGGACCAACAACUCAAGAAACAAGAAAAAAACUGUUUUCAUAAUUACUGGGUAAAUUGAAACUGGCUGCCACAAAAUCACUGCUACCCAGACAACAUUUAGCACAAAAGGAUAGUUUAUGUUUUGGCUGGAUUUUUCCUAUGUACAUAUGCAUUUUCCAGCAAAUGUAGUGUAAGUUUCAGCAGAUCUAGUAUGCACAGUUCUAGGGCAGGGCAAUAAACCGAAAAUGUACUGAUACCGAAAUUCACGACAAAAACCAACGUUGUUUUGCCCAUGUCAAUGUAUUUGGUGUCAAAAAAAAAUCAAUAAAAUUUGUUUUGGAUGUGUGUAGAUAGGCUAUGGUCUCAUGUCUCUUUAAGACGCUGUCUUAUGUCGGAGACGUGACUCCACCCCAUCCAGUCUGUUAAGAAGAGGGAAAGUCAGGUGAGAAGAUGGAGGAUGGACGAAGUUCAUGUGGGAGGGGGCGAGCAGCUUGUAAAGUAAAGUAGUAUCGUCCAUUUAUCGUUAUUGAGGUGAACUGCUCAAUAUAAUCAUGAUAUUGACUUGAGGCCAUAUCGCCCAGCCCUACACAGUUUUGCAAGACAUAUUUAAAAAUAGAAAAAUCAUGAAACCACCUCUUUAAGAAAACUCCAUGUGAAAUACUGUAACUACACCUGCAUGGAUUUGGAUUAGUGCUUUAUUAUCAUUAUUAAAUAAGUGUUUUUAGGAGGUGUCUCUUUUUCCUGCUCGGGUAUUAUAUCAUAACCUUGCUGUUGCAGCUCUCAUGCAAAUAAGGCAAGUUUUAAUUGAAGACGGAGAGAACUGGAAAAUCAGCAGACUCAAAUGCCAAAAGAAAUAUGAUGAAUGAAUCCUUUUAAAACAUCACACACUAUGCAGAUAAUGUGUGAAGUCUGGAGAUAACCACUGCUCUGGUGCCAAAAAUAUAAGAUAAGUAAACUUUGUAUUUGAGUUAAGAGCAGCGAUCAAACAGCAGCUUCAUGUACUUAUUAUUAGUCAAGAUGAGAGCAACACUUACUGGCAUCAGGGGUGUGCUCAGACUUUUAUGACUGGGAUGGUUCGCCUGGGGUGGUGUGAACUUUGUAUGAACACAUACAGUCCGAAUAAACAGGAUUCAUCUACACUUCAUGUCUCUCUUUUAGUCAUGUACAGAAAAGUGACAUCAAACCUUUUAAGCUUAACAUUUUAAAGCUCCUAUCAGAAGUUUUUUGGCAUCAGUGAAAUGAACUGAAAUUCAUACUCCUGCUUCUACAUGAUACAUAAAAUCAAACAAGACCAUCGGUGACAAGUUUGACGUUAGCUGCAUGCUAAUUUUAGUGCCUGAAACUGGCAUAAAGAGGUAGGCGUUAUAUAUUAAAUAUCCAAAUAUAUAAAUAUAUUGUGGAUUUAUAUUCUGCUAUAAGAUAUAGCAGUCUGCAAAUGUGAUUGAUUGUUUGUAAAAUUGCACAUUAAGAUGAUAUUUUCAGUUAAACAUUCAAAUUUAUGUGCAUGAGAGAAGCAUCCCAGCUCUGUUUGUGUGCCUCUGUGUGCAACAGGCUGAACCAUCCCUUUAUGUGAGCACCAGGACUGACCCACACACACACACACACAAGAGCACAAAACAUGCACGAUGGCAAGGUCCAAUUGUCUGGUUGCCGGGCAAUGAGCUCACAGCAGUCGACCAUAACAGCCCCACUCUCCAUCAAUCAGCUAUAGAGUGCUCUGCUCUAGUAAUGAUGUCAUCACACACACACACACACACACACACACACACACACACACACGCACACACAUACACACACACACACACAGAGGCGUUCAUACACACUCUUCCUCUUUGUUUUGACCUUGGGUUGCUCAUAGAUUCUGUGUCUGUGCAGUCAUCUGUGUACGUGUGUGUCACUGUGUGUCACUGUGUGUUAAAGUGAGAGAGCAGUGAGUGGCGAUUGUCAUUGCCUUGCACAAUAUUACAAGAGUGGAUGCAAUCCACUUAUCAUUGGUUACAUGAAUCGCACGAACACACACACAAUCGCACACCCCUUUUGGCACAGACGAUCUUCAGUGAGUCCUUUUCAGGUCCUUUUGAACAACCUGAAAAUGUUUACCUUUUAUUCUUGACAUUUUUUUUCCAUCAAAAGAAACUUCAGCUCUGAAAUGACUUUACUGAAAAGAAGGUGUGCUCACUAUCAGCCACACCAUGAGGCGAUUUUACAAAAUGCAAAGUGUCGAGUCCUCAAACUGUGACAAGAAAAGGAGAAAUUUCUUCAAAUAAGCACUCCAAGUGUUCGAAGCCCUCGAGAGUUUGAUGACUCUGGCCAUGAAACCGAACCUCCUUCAGUUGUGCACACAAAAAUGUGAAGCGAGAAUCAACACCUCCCUAUAUGUACGCGCAAUUACAGACACAAACACUCAUGUGAAACAAAUUAUUUCAGGAUGACACACACACACACACACACACACACACACACACACACACACACACUUAUGAACACAUUCAGCUGGUGCAGCUGUGUAUCUGCCAGGCUGCAGGGCAGGGGGCCAGCACAGUGAGGUGAAGAGAGUGGCAAGAACACUAACUGGCAAAUCAGUGGCCAAUUAAAAACGCUCAGCACUCUCCCUUUGGUGUGUGUGUGCGUGUGUGUGCAUGUGUGUGUGUUUGUGUGAGAGAGAGUGUUUGUGAGUGUCCUUGUUUGACUGCCAAGGAGAGGGUUGGCACAGAAAGCAUGCUUCCUAUUCUCUCAGCAUGGCCUCUUAACUCAGAAGCUAACACACACACACACACACACACACACACACACACACACACACACACACACACACACACACACACACACACACACACACACACACAGCCUUGGAUUUGCUGUACCCCAUUGUCUUCAUUUGGGAUAAAUGAAUGCAUGUCCCGUCUCUCCAUGUUUGUGUGUGUAUGUUUUUAUAGACCUGUGUGUGUGUGUGUCCUCCACCCACAAGUGAAGUUGUGUAACUUUACAAAAUGAGGUUUGGAUAGGACACUUAACCCUGCCUUCUUUAUGAUAGCAUUGUAGACACUGGAGACACUGUGAUGAAUAGAGAGAAAGAGUUUACUCAUGGGUGUUGACUGAGUCCAUGAGUGUGUCUAAGCGGAAUGAAAGAUAACUCGGACCAACAGCUGCCUCGAGAGUGACUGCGCAUUAACCAAUCAGAUGUAAGAGAAACAACAACUGGAACCGUAGAUACUCUUUCACACAUGCACUGCUGAGAAUGUCUGAAGAGCUCUGCCCCUGAAAGUUUUCAAAGUUGCUUUAUAUGGUAUGUAAUGUCCAUGAUCCUCUCUGCGGAAGUCUUGAGAGAGGAUGAUGAUGAGUAUGGGUCUCAGGAGGAAGGGUAUGACAUCAAAAGCCUGCCUCAGAGACUCAGUGUCAUGUUCAUGUCAGACAAAGCAACAGAGACACACUUUGCAUUUUAAUGUGCGAAUCGACAGAUGUGCAGAAAUCCUUGCGGUUCAUGUCUUGAAAAGGAUUCUCUUCCAAUCGUAGAUGCUUGUAUGAGUUCUGUUACCCAUGAUUCCCUGUGGUUUGCAUAGGUUGCAUGACACUUGUUUAAACUGAAAUUUAAAAACUGAAACUGGCGAGGAAAAAGUCCAGACAAGGUUUUGCUGUUUGUGUUCACACGUGCAGCUGUUCUGGGAAAAUUUUGAGGAAGUUUUCAGGAGUUUUCUGCACAUGUGAACACAACCUAUUAAUGUGCCCGUCAUCUUCAUCUUGAUAAUGAGCCAGAGGAGUGAUCCCACCCUGAGUUAACUCUUCAGUUGACGUACUUCCUGGCUUGCAGUACAGCAGAUCCUUUGUAAAAAUGAAAAUGAUUAAUGGCUGAAAUAUGUCUUUUGGUUACAUUGGCCCAAAAUGUAAGUUGUCUAGCCAACUAUAUUUCUGUUCAUGCCAUUGUAUUAGUGUUUUUACAAACUUUUUUGUUAUUUUAUUCUACAGAAAAAUGCCACGUUCACCGUCUGAUGCGUGGAAGCAUUUCACACAAACUAAUGUUGAAGGAAAUUUACAUUUAUGUUUGGAUAUGAUACAGUUUGUUUAAAUUAAUUUCCAGUUAAUUCCCACAAAUUCCCAUGGAAAGUUUCCAAUUUGGUAUAUUUUCAAAAGUUCCAGGCUUAACUUCCCAUUAAAAGUUUUUAGAAAUUUACCGUAAAUUUUCUCAAUCCCCAAAGUUCGGUGGACAGCUGGGGCCUUGAUACAAUGACACUUAGGAAACACUGAAAUUGAAUGAGCUUGUUCGUGAUGCAUUCAUUUCACCCCAAUCAAAAAAUACAAUUAUCGUGGGUUAGACAGUUCACAUACUCUGCAGUAUUUUGCUGAAAACACACUUCUUUCCUUUACUCAUAAAAAUACUUUGCCUUUUAGUCAACUAAUAAGUUUGAGAAAAGCUCAGCAGUGCGUGGACAGGUCUGUCACCUCUUUUUUUAUUGGCACGUUAUUAUUCAUUGAGGUUUUGGGAGACCUUGAUCAAAGACAAAAUCCUAAAAAGAGGCCCAUUUUGUCGCCCAUAUCUGAGGAAAUGAUGCAAAUGCACAGGCCUGCGGGGGGAUUUUCUGCCGCUUACAAAAAUAACUUUAAUCAUACGUAAAUGUAUGUAAAUGUAUGAGGGAUGACCCUGUUCCGUUUGGUCUUUUACCAUAAUUUUCAAAAUGAUGGUUUGUGUCUACAGAGGAAAAUUGAUAAUGCACCAAGAUGUGUUAAAUAUCCUGCCUAGCCCCACCCUCUCAAUCAAAAGGAGUUAACCCCACCCACCAAAAAGAGACAAUAAAAGUCCAAAUGAUCAGAUCUUGAAAACACAAGUCAACUAAGUCCGUUUUCACAUUGAACAGUAUUCACACACCAACUGAGUCAUUGCACUCUUUAUUCAUCCAAAAUGAAAAUUUCAUAAAUUAGAUUAGUGGUCAUUAAACAAAGUGGAUUAAAGUACGACCUCUAUUAAUGCAACUACAUCAAAUAAAGAGAGCUGCAGCCAGUCUGUGGCUACAUUCUCCUUGUCCUGGAGUUUGAUUGCAAUUACCUCUGGUUGUCACCGGUAAGAGCAGUAGCCUGAGGGUUGUGGAGCAGGGGAUGGUUGUAAAUGGUGUUUGAUUGUACAGAUGAGGGAGAAAAAAAAAGAGAGAGAGAGAACGAGAGAGAGAGGAUGAGUGCUUUCAACCUGGAAAUGUUGACCUUUUCUUUUAUGUUUGUCUUUGCUGAAUGUUUUCUGCUUCCUGGCUUUAUGAACUUUUGUUUCUUGAAGAGAAAUAAGAGAAAAACAUGGAUACCAAAAAUAGUUGAGGUCAAGUCCGAGGAAUUUCUGUGAUGCUCCUUUCCUUUUGCAUCUGCCACGUCCGCACUUCCAGUGAGACGAUGUGAAAUGGCAGAUAAAUGAUGGUGAUCAGUUCAGGGCACUGGUCUUUGGAGACAUGUGUGCACCCGAGAUAACAUUCCUCUCUGCUUUGAGCACCUUGAGCCUUCACAGGGCUGAUUACUCACUUGUGGUAUGGCAAAUAUGUUGGAGCCAAGGAAAAAAUGGGGUUGUGGUUGAAGAAGGCAUUUCCCCCCCUUGCAUUACAGUAAUGGUCAGUGACUCCUUCGUCUUCAGACACACAUAUGUGCACACACAGAAAGACUCAAAGCAUUCUUCUGCUCCGACCAGUAAACAGCUGUGAGACACUACGUCAGCCCCCAAAGUAUUCUGCUUGUAUGAGUUCUUAUCCUGCCAUAUCAGUGAUCAAUGAUGAGAAAUGUCCCUCAGGAUGAGCCACUGGUCUGAGUGAGUAACUGGAAACUUAGUGAAAGCUCUUAGAUGAGAUGAAUCUUUGUGUUUAAAUUGAUUUUUAAAAAGCAAAAAUAUUCUUGAGAUGCUUUUAUUUUGAAAGGAUUCCAUCUGCAUUUUCAUACCUUGUUUCUCAGUUUUGCUUUAACCUUUAACCUCUCAUUCAUCCAGCAGGGUUGGCAUUUAUAUCUGUAUUUAAAGCAGCCUUUAGAGGCAUCUCUUUUGCUGAUGUUAGCCUUUGAACCCUGCACUUGUGGUCGCGCAGUCGCUACUUUAAAAAAAAAAAAGACUGCAGCACUUUUGCAGUAGACACAAGAUGAAAGGAUGAAAGGAUAGUGAGUUUUUUUUUAUGCUUAGCAAAGAGAGGCUGGAAAAAAUGCAAACAAUUCGAAACAGAGUGAUAGAGUGAGUGGACAAAAGAGUUUAUAAUGUAAACACACCAGCAUGAAGUCAAGUAGAGAGAAACACUCACAGCGAGGACGCUCUUCAGGCAGUUAAUUGUCAUUAAUUAGUUGCACACACACACACACACACACACACACACACACACACACACACACACACACACACACAGACACACAAACGCAAAUUUAUGAACUCAUUUAGCUAAACAGUGGAUCCAACAUGUGGCCGUGAAUCUCCUGCAGUCAAGGCUCCAUUUUUCUGCUUGACUCCACAGCUGUGGCCUCCCUCUUUUUUCUUCCUUAUUUUAGGACAGAACUUAAUAUCUUCAGUCCCAGUGCGUUCACCAGUUUAUUAAAGCCAUCAUCACUCACAGGUCACUUAUUGUUAGCAAAUGAAAUGCUACAGUGUUGGUCAUUUUGGUCCGUCUGUAGGAAACAAACAGAUAGGGUUUUGUGUCGUUCUGCGAUGGUGUGAUUGUGGUCUGUCGUAAUGUUGGACACAAAAGUGGGGUCAUGACGUUAUUCCUCUCCAUACUGCACUUUGUGGUUAGGUGGUUAAACUGUUACUUGUGUUACCAUGCCUUGUACACGUAAGGCAGAAGCCCUUUGUCUCCAAAACCACCACUUAACCAGACAUCAUAAAAAAGUGUUUUUCAAAUAACUUAAUACUGAUCAGGACCUGAUCUCAUAUAAAGCAGAUAUUAGAUCAGUGGUUAAUAUCACUGUAGAUUAGGGCUGGGCGAUACAUCCUUAAAUCAAUAUCAUGAUAUAUUGAGUAGUUCACCUCAAUAAUGAUAAAUAAACGAUAACUACUCCACAAGCUGCUCACCCCCUCCCACAUUAACUUUGUCUACUUCAGCUGCCAUUCCAGCUGCUACAACUUUUAAACCGUCCUCCAUCUCCUCACCUGUCUUUCCCUCUUUUUUACGGGCUGGAUGGGGUGGAGUCACGUUUCCGAAGUAGGACAGCAUCUUAAAGAGAUCAUAGCCUACCUACACACAUCCAAAACCAACUUUUAUUUAUUUAUUUAUUUUGACACCAAAUAUAUUGACAUGGGCAAAAUGACACUGGUUAACGUCGUAAAUUUCGGUAUCUGUAAAUUUUUGGUUUAUCGCCCAGCCCUACUAGAUCAUGUCUAUUAAAAUGUGAGAAAUGCAAAUUUGUCACAAGGGUUGACUCAUCUGUGCAAUAAUCCCAGUUAUAAGCAGAUAUAUCUACAAAGGUUAAACAUCCUCAUCCUCUGCUUUAGUGAAGCAGAUCAAACACAUAUGAUGCUGUUUUUCUCCUAUAUAACCUCAUUAUAAGUCACAUUAGACAAAACAAAUGUAUUAUAAUAAAAAAUAGAUCAAAUUUAGUGGAAAAAAUCCAAGAGGACAUUGAACAUGCACUGUGAUGUAUGAUGACACACACGCAGAGUUUAUCAAAGGUGCUGGCUGCUCCACUGUGCGGUGCAAUUCAAUCAGCUGCUCACUUAAUGUGGUUUAGACUAAAUUAUUCCAGACUAAUUUAGGCUGCCUGAUGCCUGGAUUGGACAUGAUGGAUUAAGACAAAGAGUCUCCAGUGUGUAUGAUUGUGAGGCAGGAAGUCUCCACUGAGGAGUUGUGUGUGUUUGCUGUAAAGAAAAGCUUCUAAACAGCAUUUACUCCUCAUUUACUAUAUAUCAGCUCUUAAUUUUAAAGUGAACAUCAUGAUCUCAGCGCUGGCUGUGUAUUUUAAACCAGAGGAUCUCUAUCUUCAUGAUAGUUUUCUGUCUUUUCACUGAAUCCUAAAAGAGCUGGGACAUCAAGAUAAAAAGGAGGGCAGCUGGAAGACCGUCUCUAGGUUAUAUAACACCUCACCCAUCCUGGUCCCUCUCCCCUGGCACCACCUUGUGUUCCCUUCCUCCACUUAAUCUCUCAUAUGUGCCUUUCUCAUUUGCUGUGGGCUGUAACAGGUGGUAGAUUUCAACCUGACAUCUUUCGAUACGAGCUGGUGUCACAUUUACGCUAAAAGUCGGUAUCACUCUGCAGUGAAACCUUCACUCUAUAUCCUCCUUUGCACUCCCUCAUCCUGUCUCUCUCUCUCUCUCCCUCUCCCUCUCUCUCUUCCUCCCUCUUCCACUGACAUUUUUCAGCUUUCCAAACUCCCUGCUGUGUCUGGCUGGCUGCGCCAGUGUUAUCCUCCCAGUGAGUUUCUAUCUGCCUCUUCCCCGCCACCAUCUGCUUCUCCCUUUGUCUCUCUUUCCUCUCUGCCUCACUCUCUCUUUCUCUGUCUCUCUGUCUGCUUUACCUCAGUGUCCCUUUUUAUUCUCUCCAUCUGUCUUCCUUCCUGUCUUUUCUGGAUCUCUAUAACUUUAUUUUUAUUUCAUGUCUAACUUUUUGUUUCUCAGUCUUUGCUGUCUGUCUUCUUCUUACUUCUUUACUUCUCAGAACCACAUGAUGGAUUUGUUUGCAGCUGGUGUCAGAUGUGAAUUUUCUUGCUUCUUUUCUAACUUGCAUACAAUACGAAUAUCUGUAGUGCACACAAAAACCUGCAGCUAAUUGUGUGCACCCCCUUUAAUGCUAACAUGCUAAUUUCAAAGCCUUACAUAUGCUAAAGCUCACCAUUGAAGCCGGCUGACAUCCAAUGUCAAAUACCAGACAUUCUUCUGUUCCUUUUCUUGUAAUGCCUCCGCCUCAUUCUCCAUUAUAUCUUAUUUUCACUGGAGCUUUCAAUCCUGGAAAUCUGUGCAUGUGGAUGUAUUUUACCCUUACUAAUGAAACACACAAAUCCAUCCACACACUCCAAUUCCUGUCUGAGUCUUCUUUAAGCUGUAAUGAAACUUGACUGCGACACAUUCACGCACACACACCAAACACGCGCCACCUACACACCUCUUUCGUAGUCUUCUUACACAUAAGAAGUGGGUCAGUGGGAUGUUUGACAUCCCACACAUGCUCCAUAAACACUUACAGGUGCACACGCACACACACACACACUGCAGCUGGCUAACAGCAGGCAACAUGUCUCUCAUAUCCCUGUAUCAUCCCCGUCAUUCCUCCACAACCUGCCUAAUUAGUCCCGCAGAGUGUGUGUGCGCGCGCUGCCGACAAUCAGCAAGUCUCUCUCAUGCGCGGCGUGUGUGGGUGUCUGCUGAAGUCAGCCGGUUGUACAUUUAAUGUUUUUAAAGAUGCACUAGAGUUUGUUUUUUCCCCCCCUGAUGAAUAUGACAGGUCCUGUUUAUAGGUAUGACCUGUACUUGCAUUGCAGUUUUUAAAAGCAAUAAAACAUUCUGCAGACGGUGGCAAAAUAAAAAGGCGCUCGCGGAGAAAAUGUCAAAUAAGAAGAAGCUUUAAUGUGUUUUAACCGAGAAAUGACACCGAUAAAAGCAGUAUGUUAAAGCCUUCUCGAACACAUCUUUAUUUAAAGUAGCUGUUUCACUUAUGUUUUAGAUGUGUCCUCUUGUUUUAGAGCUGAUACAUGUUUCAUCUCACUUGGUAAAUGUCUGACAUUGAUAUGUAUGUGAGUGGCGUGUAAUAUCCUGCAUUCUUUCAUUAAAUUAUCAGCUCGCUCUGCUACAGAUUAUAAUAAAGCUUUGUUUCACUCUUUACUUUUGAUGUGGUUAAUUAACUGUUGUGUGCCGUCAUCAACCGUCCCCGUGUUUUUAUAAUGAUAAAAAAACAAUAAGAUGAAAGUUGUGCAUGUUGCUUGUUUGCAGCAGCAGAUACGUUUGAACCCACAUCAAGAAUCUCAUAGUGUAGUUCAUGCAGGAGGAUCAAAGCUACAUAUGUUUCUGUGCUAAAUUUACCCUUUGAUGCAUGCAUACUACACACAUCUACUCACAUCACUAUAAGUUUGUAAUAUAUUUGCUAAUUAAGAUAACACUUUUUGUUGUUUUUCUUCCACAAGGGAGUGCUGA